CAGGCAGGAGCUGUGCAUGGCUUCUCCACUUACCAGGAGUAAGAAUUACACAUGACAUGAAGACCAACUCUUAACAAAACAACACCAGAGACUUGAAAACCAUUUUGGAACUUAUCUGAUAUUUUUGUACUGGGUUUUUUCUUUUUUCUACAUUUUUGUUUUCCUUUUUUUUUUCUCUCCCCCCCUGUCUUUUUCUAAACUGGGGAGUCAGACCUACCUAAUACUGACUUCUCCUGGAGAGACUCCCUUCUACCCCCUCCCCCCCCCCUCUCUCCAUUUAUCGAUUGGGAAGCUAUGGACAUAAGCGAGAAGAAGAAAGGGCACGUUUAGUCCCCACCAAGUAGACACCCUGUUGCAGUGACUUUAUUCAGUGUUCUUUCUGAGAUACAUUUUAGAAUCUUCAUAUUUUUUUUUAAUACACAUUUCUUGGUGGGGUGGGGAGGUCGCUGCAGAAGUGGUGGAGUCAGCUGGAUGAAGUGGUGUCACUGCAGCAGGACAGUUUGGGGAGAGUUUGAGGGACAUUAUCCAAAACCCCAGCCUCUGGAUUGAUUAUCUCUGCGUGGAACAAAUGGAGGUCCUCAGCUGCUCAUAGAGGCUGGAUCUAAGUGCUAUUUUGUGGUUUUUACUUAUUUUUUAAUUUUUUUUUUUUUUUUUAAUUUGACCCCAUUUCCUGGAUUUUGUUCUCUUUUGGAAGUUCUACCAUGGAGACUGUGAGCCGGAGCAGCUUUCAGCCCCAUCCAGGUUUGCAGAAGACUCUGGAGCAGUUCCACCUGAGCUCCAUGAGCUCCUUAGGAGGUCCAGCCGCCUUCUCAGCACGCUGGGCACAGGACAUGUACAAGAAGGACAGUGGCAAGGAACCGGAGCCCAUCCUCCACUUGCCCGUUCAGCCUCCCCCAGUCAUCCCUGGGGGGCCCUUAUUCAUCCCAUCCGAUAGGUCUACAGAGAGGUGUGAGACCAUCCUGGAUGGGGAGACCAUCUCGUGCUUUGUAGUCGGUGGGGAGAAGAGGCUGUGCCUCCCCCAGAUUCUGAACUCUGUCCUGCGCGAAUUUACCCUCCAGCAGAUCAAUGCGGUGUGCGAUGAGCUACAUGUCUACUGUUCCCGAUGCACUGCUGACCAGCUGGAGAUCCUCAAAGUCAUGGGCAUCCUGCCCUUUUCUGCCCCCUCCUGUGGCCUCAUUACCAAGACAGAUGCCGAGCGUCUGUGCAAUGCCCUGCUCUAUGGGGGCACCUACCCACCAAGGUGCAAGAAGGACAUGCAGGUUUCCCUAGAGCUGGAGUUGACAGAGAAGAGCUUUAGGGUCUAUCAUGAAUGUUUCGGCAAGUGUAAAGGCCUGUUCAUUCCUGAACUCUACAACGACAUCAAUGCCCCCUGCAUCCAGUGCCUGGACUGCCGCCUUCUUUACCCACCUAACAAGUUUGUGGUGCACUCACACAAGGCUCUGGAGAACAGGACAUGCCACUGGGGUUUCGACUCUGACAACUGGAGGGCGUACAUCCUCCUGGCUCAGGAUUAUAGCAGCAACGAGGAGGAACAGGCCAGGAUGGCACGACUCCUGGAGGACAUGAAGGAGAAGUUUGACUUCAGCAAAAAGUACAAGAGGAAAAUUGCAAGGGUAGGUGUCUACUCCCAAAAUCAGAGUGUGAGCUGUUUCAGUGGAUUUAAAAAAAAAUUAAAAAAAUACUCCAAACAUGUGGUAUAUAAAAAUGUGCAGUGUGGCAAAAUUCAGACAAAUGGUGCAAAACCAUGAAAGGGUUAGAAUUAACCCUUCCAAAAGAUCAGAAAUAUUUCUUAUUACUUUACUUUAGUAUCGUUAAAUUCCAGGAUAAAUCCUGGUAAAUCCCCCUAUUUCUAUUUUGGAGACCACCACAGUUUCUAAGUUUAGGCAUUUAUGUGUCAAAAGUGGUAAGUGUGCGACAGGGAUGCUUUGUAUAGUUGAGAGAAUUAAGGGGUUAAUGGGCAAUAAUUUGGAGAAUGCCAAGGUAAAAUGUAAUUGAAUGGAUGCAUCAUUGACUAAUGAGUUGCUGUCUUAAAAGAUUUGGGUUGCUAAGUUUUUCAAAGGCUAUAGCACAUGGAUUUCAUGAUUUUAGGGUGCGAUUUAGGAUGGUAGGGUGACUGCUGUCACUCCUGCCUUCCGUCAAUAAAGAGCUAGUCUAUUUCAAUGUUGGAGUUAGUAGAAAUUAUGGGUUUAAUGGGGGGUUUGUUCACGUGUCUUCAAUUGUGAAGAAUUGAAAAUCAAAGUGAAAAUUUUAGGCCAAAUUAACAAAGCUGAAAAAAAAACAACAAAAUAAAAAAAAGCAGUUGAUUCAUUCCCAAAUGUGGCUUUUUUAACUUUUCAAAAAUGUCUGUUUUUUAGUUCUUCAUCUUAAAUAGUCCAGAAAAUGUCUAUUAAAAAAACAAAUCAAGAACACUCACAAAACUGUCAUAUUAGAGGGCAUCUGUCACUUUUUGGGUCGGGGUAGUAAGAAAAGGUUUUGCUUAAAAGAGCAUGAACCUGCAGUGACCUAGUGGCAACCGUGUUUCAACCUAAGCGUAGAUGUCACUGCUGAUAAAAGUGAUGAUCUUGAUGUACUUAUUGAUUAGUUUACUAUUUGUAUGCACUGUGUGGAAUGGCAGAUGUGGUCUUCACAAGUGGAGAUAUGGACACAUAGCAGGUGCUGAUGACCCACAGUACCCUCUUUCCCUGUAUGCCAGAGCGUGGUUUUGUAUCUGUAAGGGUUAUCCUCCUAUUCACCUACUGGUCUAGACUAGCGUUCAAAGUGUCGACUUGUCACUUGCUUCUUUUACGUAGAGAUAAUCCUUUGUAGCAGCCUAUAUUUGUCUGGUCUGGAACCCUAUCUGCCUGAUUCUGCUGCAGUGACAUACAUUCAGCCUCAGUGGUGGUUAGUGGUUCUCCCUCUGUCUGGGUCGAAAUAUUACUAUAUAUAGAUGCACAUAUUCACUUUUAUCUGUGCACGUGAGGUCAUCAUAUCCUUCUAGGAAUGUCAGUGUAUAUAUCUGUGCUGUGCUGCCCAGUCAGACCUGGCACCAGACGGGUAGUGAUGUUCUGCUUUGUGAGUAGGUGGUAUAUACAUAACCGAGGCAGCUUCAAUGAAGACGUGCCACCCAGACGGUCUGUCCAGACACUAGUGGUUUAUUUUAGAUGUCUGGGCUCAGCCAUAUGUGGAUGCCAAUUUUGAGGGUAGUGCGUGGUUGUCUGGGCAGCAUAUAAAGGCCUCAAAACUUUGUCCAAUCUAUAUUUAAAAACAUAUUUUAUGACCCUUUUUUUUUUUUUUACUUUAUUUUUCACGUUUCACGAUUUCGGUAAGAUUUGUACUUAAAAACGCAUAAUGUUUCAUUUGGUAAAAAUACAUUUUCAAAUCGCAGCCAUGCCACACUCAGCCCUAGAUUUACAGAGGAGCCAUGCUAUAGAUGAUAGAGUUACGGGCAUCCAUUCUUAGCUCAUUUACUAUGUAGUUCUUUAAGUUGACCCAUUAACAGCCAAUUAAUAAAUUAUGGUAUAGUAUAAUGCAAGUACAAAAAAACACUUUCUCACCAACCUCUCCUCACCUCAUUUUGUUCAAGAUAAGAUACAAUCUUUCAAGGAAAGCAGUUUACGCAGACAUGACAUGCUGAGACUGCAUACUAUGUGACAAGGGUUAAUGAUAAAACCAGCUCUGCUUUCCAAUUUUUAUUUUUUUAUUUUGUCCUCUUUUGCCACUCAUAGCCUUUCUACGUAAAAUGUGUGACUUGCUUGAUUUCCUGUCACUUAUUAUUCCCAGUGCAUAAUAAAAUUGCAUUUACUGAUCUCUUCUUGGGAGGCCAAUUAAAUCACAUUAUUGCUUAAAUCCUUUUUUUUUUUUCCUUGCCUUUUUCCUAUUAUCAUUGAAUAGACUCCUUUCCAAUUUCCCCAGGAGUUUCUUACAACUGUGUGUCAGAGCUAUUGUGGCGAUGUUAACCGUAAUGAGGCGCAUUAUCUGUGAUAGUUGGAGGUGGAUGCAUUUUUAAUAGCUUGUCUAUCCCCAGCUAAUCAUGGAUUGAGGUAGUAGCUUUGAAUAGUUGUGUCUGGCACAAAUGGACCCGUUUUUUGUUGUUGUUGCUGGCUUUGGGAGACUGUUGUUUAACCCUUUCAUGGCUGCACAAGCGUUGCAUUGCCUGGUUUCAAACCGACAUAAUGUGGGUGUGGGGGGGUAUUUUUUAAAUUAUUUUGUCUUUUAUUAUUUUUAAUUAUUAUUUUUUUUUUCUUUUAUUUCAAUUCCAAAGGCUAAUGUUCGACGUACCUUGCCAUUUCUUGCCAAUGUCCUCCUAAUGCCUUGAGUCUCUGUUAAAAUUUACAUUUAAACAAAAAUAAUAAAUAAUGGAAUCUGAAUUUUUAUUUUUUCCCGCUCAGAUGAUGUUUUUGAAAUCAUGAAAGCAUCAUUCUUGUUCAAUAGCACUUUGCCUUAAGCAUCUUAACAUAGUUUCUUUCUCUUAUUUAUUUUAUUUACUGUGCAUUUUCAAUUUGUUUUUGUUUUUUUUGUGUAUUGUCUUUGCAUACAGUCCUUGAUCACAAAAAUAAGAGGGGACAAAGUGUUUUUGUGUUUGUGCAAAUGUUAUGCUCUUAACUCUCCAUCGGGUAACCCACACACAGCGUACCUACCUUAAUCCCUGUUAGUGCCAGCCGUCUGCAGCACUAACAGAGACGAAUGAAAGCUGUUUGCUUGUAACAUCAGGUUAUGAAUAAAGCUAAAUAUUACAAACCAUGUGUUGUGUAACACUUAAACUAUUAAGAUCGUGUAAGAAAAUAUUAUCUUUAGUUUGUGAGAUUUUUUUCACUCCUUCUAAACUUUGGUUGCCCUUACCCCAAUUUAUGUCUUACAUUGUAGAAUUUGUGCCACAUUUUUCAGACGGUAUGCCACAGGUGUCACUGCCUGUAAGCCAGACUUUAGCAUGACAUUGUGAGACUGUCAUGUCCAUUUGCCAACUGCCUAAGUUUCAGUGUACCCACAUGGUGUGCCAUGAAAGUACCCGAGACAUGGUAAUUUACGUGUAUUUUAUUUAAUUCUUAUCCAGUGCUCAAAAGAAAUCUUGCUGUUAUGGGUAAAGAGGGGGGUGAAGGGGGGGAGAGGGGGGGGUCAAGGGAUUAAUAUGAUUUGUGUGGAUAAUUCUCCACCUAUCAUUCCAUUAUUCAUUUCCAUAAAGUUACUUCACAUCUAACCAAUCAGAUUUCGUUCGUGUUUUCUUUAGCGUUCCAAUUGACAUACAUGCCGUUGUCCAUAGGUGGCCUGCUGUUACUAUUCUCAAUGCACUAUAAUUCCCAUGGGGCUCUGCUGUUUAGGAAAUUUGCAAAGCAUGUUGGUACCUCGAGUCCAUGACAUCCAGGAAGUUUAAUGCUUAUUUAUUUACUUAUUUUAAGCUCUCCAUUUUGUAUUUAUAUGUAGCAUUGAUUGUCCACUUUAACCCUGAGCAAAGACACUGCUACAAUGAUGUUCAUUAUGUUUUUUUUGUCCUGUGAAAAUGUGUUUUUAUUUUAUAUUCAGCUCGUUGGAUUAGUACAAGAACGAAAGUUAAAGUCAAAGCUAAAUUGUUCCUUGGUUGGUGGAGUCUUGCAGCAUCUUUUGUGUAAUGUCUGCUGGAGAAUUGAGCAAGUGGCUUGAAAUAGCAGACAGGAUAUCAAGUGUUAGGAAGUCUGUCUUUCCUAAAACAGACGCAGACUAGCGGCUUCUUUUAACUCAAUUAUAACAUCACCUGCCCGAGAGACUCUAUACUUAGACCUCGCUAUAAUGUCUGCCCAACCCCUUCACUUUAUUUUUUUCUGAAUGGCUGCUCUUAUAUAUAUUAUAACUGUACUAGUUCAUAUGCUUCAAGAGAGAUUUUGUAAGAUAUUUUUAUAGAACAAUAUUUCUGUAAAUCUAUUUUUUGUAUAAUAACAGAUAUAUCCCACAGAUAUAUUUUUUUUUAAAAAAGGGGGUUUUCCAGGAAGUGUGCUGUGAGUCUUUAUCUUUUAAUUACGGUAUAUCUUGAAAUAUACACUGUAUUAUUGCCCAACUCAAUAUUACAAGCUUUAUUGACCUCCGAAAGAUGAAAUGUUUUAAACAUGGCAGUAACGGGAACUUUAGACAAUGCAGUUCUAACAGUUACAGGGGUCAUCAGUUACAUAGUUGCACAGUUAACAGCGGUUAUUGGUUUAUUAGUUUGAGCCAAUGUAAUAACUCUACUCGUCUGAGAUUGGCAGGAAAUAAAAUUGCAACAUGACCAUUUAGUGUGUUGUUCAGGAAUGUGCUGCCUCAGAAUUGCACAAGGCUAGACGUCUCGUAUGAAGGGAAUUUUGAAAAAAAAAUAAAUGUUUUUUUAAAUUCAAUGGAAAAGUAAUUACGGGAAAUGUCCUGAUAGCAGAGACUAGUAGUCUUCCAGUCGCAUGCUAGACUGUGGUUUGCCAUGAGAAUGAAUAAUUUGUUUGUCUUUCUGAAGAAUCAGGAAUUGAUAAAUAUUAUGUCUGCUAAAAAAUAUCUCCUUGCUUUAUGUGCUCUGAACUUUUCCAACGUUUUUAUGUUUUUGUAUAGUGUUUAUUUAAAAUGUAUUAAGGAAUACUAUGUAUAGAGUAGCAGGAGCCUAAGAGUGUUAUAUACUAAAGUGUGACUGCAAGAUGACUUGUAGAUUUUAAUAAUCAGGAAGAACAUUUCGGCUCCAAGAUGAGCCUUUAUCCAGCUUUCUUCAUGAGUAUUGAUACGCUAGGAAUGGUCCACCCUGGUCUGAAGGCAAUACGCAGGGGAAGUUUGAGCAACUGCCACUCCACUGUGUACAUGCUGAAUUGGUAAAUAUUAGUAGGUAUACACAACAGACCCAAUGGCGUUCCUCGUGGGAGUGGCUAAAUGUUCUAUUUUCCCUCCCAGGAGGGAGAGUGAAUAUUCCACAAUUCUUCAGCAGCCAUAUUUGUGCUUUAAACCUCUGAUAGAGGCAAUAGCAAAAAAUGCAUGUAGAAAUGAAACAGAAUCCAUAGGUUUAGUAGCAAUUAUCUAGCACAAUUUACUCUAGAAAGUAAUUUUUUAAAAGAAAUGUAAAUUUAUAUUGUAAGGGCUCUUUUAGCCACACAAUCCAUUUAUCAAAUAGUAUGGAGAUAUUUUUUUUUUUUUUAUAUUAACCAUCCAUCAUCCAUGCCAUUCUUGUAGCAAAAUGAUUAAACAUGUAAUGUUAGUUAACUGAUCAGCAGAAAUAUUUUUUUAAAUUUUUUUUUAUAUUUAACUUGGUUAAUUACUACACAGGGCUCAACAUUAAAUAAAAUAUAAGAUGUGUUCAUGCUGAUUACUACAGAAGGGAUAAUUUUAACAUGUUGCUGAAACUACCACUCUAAAAGUGACAGACAAAUGUAUUAAGGAAAUGCUCUUCCUUUUGCGUUUAUAUUAAAGGGGACCUUUCAUACCCCAAACAGCUUAUGCUCAUUAGAUUGAAAGUAAAAUUCUAUCUAAACAUUGUGCUAGCAAUUUUCUAGCAAAUGUAUAGAUUAGGGGAAAAAAAACUGAUUUAAAUAGUUUUUUUCUCCCAGCUGCUAAUCAAUGCCUUGGCGUGCUGCAGCAUUGACUGUCAAGGGAGAUAGACCUCCCACAGGUGGUCCUUCUGCUCUCCUAAGCAUUGUUAAUGCGCUGUGGUUGCUAUGGAAACUCCCUAGCGAUGGCUAAAGAGUAUAGGAAGGGAGUGACAGGACAUCACUCAUUUCCGGCACCACUGAGGAGGUUUGCAGUGAAAUUGAAGAGGAGGAGGUGGAGGACGGCCGGAGGUGGGUGUAUCACCCGUGAAGCUUGAAGAUGGUGGCGCUGGAAUGGUGGAGAGGAGGGUAAAUUUCUAUAUUUUACAUUAAAUACAUUAUGUAUCUUUGUGAUAUAUAAUGCAUAUGGGAGCGAUUUCAGGUAAGUUGAUAUUUUCUCAACAGGUUCACUUUACAAUAUAUCCCUGCUCUAGAGUGGUGUCUGGCUACGUGCCCAGAAGAUGCAGACUUUAUCUGUACAUUAUUGUACUGUUAAUUGUUUUCUGUAAUUAUUAUGUGAAAAGCACAGGAUGUGGUUCAGAUGUAUUGGUUGACUUAACCAGAGUUAGGUUAUCAUCUCUGGAUGUUAGACGUCUGCAUCUUCUAUAAGGAUUUGCCAGUUUUGUAGUUUGUCCACAAAAACUUGUCGAUGGCGCGAGAAAUCUUCUGAGUUGGAAGAUUUUUUUUCCUAUUCCUGAUCUAGACUAUCUUCAUUUAGACCGAUGAGUUUUACCCAUAUCUCGUUUUUUACAGAUGUUCUGUGGCUUCUUUUUUUUUUUCUAACACACUCUUGCUAAUGCCUUGAGAGCAUGACAAACCCAACAAUAUUGUGAUGAUGUGAUUUAAAACAUGAAGAACUCUGGGCUUGCAGAGACCUGUAGUUGCAGCCAAGAUAAAUUUAAUCAAAAUUACACCUACGGAUCCCAUGCCAUUUUUCGUUGAAACCUCGCUUGUCAACCCUGUUGCAGUUGAUCUUGUGAUCAGAAACAUGAUGAGAUUAUAUUAUACUUUCUAGGUUAUCUGUUACCAUUUCCCAACCACAGUUACCCCAUUCCACCAAGGUCCAUAUAAAUGGGAUGUUGUUUUAUUUCUGGGUAGUCAUGGGAGUUUAAGGAGUGAAAUGCAUUUUUUUUUGCAAAGGAUUUAGAUUUUCGAACAAAAGGUGUGGCAAAUAAAACAGCUUUUGGCCUCUUACCCUUUUUUUUUCUUGUUCUCAACUCCCUCUGCUUUUAAUCCCUUUCAUUUCAUUGCUUUAGGCUGUGUACAUCACAGCCCCUUUUUUAACACCCAAACAAAAGAGUAGGAGAGUGACUAAAAGAACUUGAAUUUCGGGCUAAUGCUGCAAAGAGUUGAAUGAUUGAUUUUAAUAUCAGGCAGGUGUGCAGAUACUGCCUGAUGUUCGUGUCUGGUCAUGACUCAAAUAUUGCUGUACACACCAACUUCUUAUGCCUGUUGAGUAUUUAAUCCGGGAGAUUUUUGUUAAGGGAGCGAGUUUUGCUUGUCAUUUAUUUGCACUAAGGGGCCAUUUGCUGCCUUGAGUUGGUGAUGUUGAUUGCGGAUUCCCAGCUCUUAUCUUAUUGUGCUUGGCUAGCCAUUUGUAACACCUUGGGUGUUAAUGAAGCUGAAUGGCUGUUAUCAGAGCAAAGAUACAUAUAUCACCCCACUGUCAUGUUUCUUUUUGUUUUAAGAAUGUAAAUAAAUUGCAGAAGAAUCCGAGAGGUGUUAGUGUACAUGGAAAGAGCAGUAUAUAAAUUAUAUUUUUCUUUAUUUAUUGAAUACAACUUUGGUUAAAGUGGAUACGCUAAGUUCCAUUUUAAGUUACAACUGUAUCUGUGUCUUAGAUAUACUUGGAAACUUGUUAAUGGUGACAAUGAUGCCCGUUCUGUGACACUAUAACUUUAAUGUCCCCUGGUGCUUGAGUGGUGACAACAUUUGAGGCAGCCUUGUGUCUCUUGUGUGUGAAUUCCUGGAACAGACCCUGGAGGCUUUGUAGGGGGCUGCCUUGGGACAGAGCUUGCGAUUGUACUCUGGCCAUGCUCCCCUGCCGUGCGUAGUGAUGUCAGUGUUACAGAACAGGGGCAACAGGGGGUCUUCUAAAAACCAAAAUAACCACCAUUGUGAAUAGAAUUGGGUUGGGUGGCAUAUGUGUGGCUGAUACUCUACUUGCAUAUUAUACUUGUUACUAUGAGUAAAAGAGCCAGGCAAACUUAAUUUCAAAGUUCCCGCAAAAGCAAUCUCUCUUUUAUUUAUUUAACAAUACAAUUUGGGGAAUUGGGGGAAGAGGGAGUAGUUGGCCCCAAACAUAGUUUGUUACUUUUUAGAGGGUGUUGUGUUUGCAAAGCCUUGUAUUCUUGUAGGUAAUAGCCAUGCAAAUUCCAUAAAUUCGCUCCCAUGCUUGUCUGAAGGUACUGAUCUGGGGUCUUAAUGAGGUGUGCAAUUGCAAAUCCAUUCACAGGUGUAGGAGCUAAUUUGCUGCCAGUUCUUAAGCAUUGGUUCUCUGGCUAUUAUUUGUCCCUUCCCUUUAAGGCUCCUGCUAUACAGCUGUAUUUGCCGCCCUGCAUAACUCAAGCUAAAAUUUGAGUAUAUUGAUAAAAUAUUCAUACUAGUACAGAGUACACCUUAUCUGUACACUGCCCUGCUUCAGUCUGUCAUAUGUCUGACUUAUUUUGUGGAUUUAUCCUUGGUCUCUGGCGUCUGACCCCGAGUGGCGAUUUGAAUUAAGAUUCUAGUAGCUAUACAUAGACUGUAUAAUUUACAUGUUUUAAAAUGAAUCCCUACGCUUUAGCAAUGUAUGCAGAAAAUUCCGUUUAGCUUUCCAGUCUGAGCUAAGGUUUUAAUGCGUGCAAGUCCUGUCACCUGAUGACAGGCUAAUGUGCUGAAUGUGGAACCAUGAAAUAUCAUGAAAGUUCUUGCUUCAAUGAAAGCCCUAUUAACAGUUCUUGCGGUGAAUUUCUCCGGCCAUGCUAAUUUGCAUGGGAUUUUUUUUUUUUUUUAAACGUGAUUUUUGUCUGUUGCCUAUGUUUAUUUUACACAGCACUCUGGCCUACGGUGAGUUAAUCCCAGAUCCCAGAACACUGAAACAAUGUAGCGCGCCCUGUUACCGGCAGAUGUGUAGAGGGCUAUGUCCUGGUUGUCAUUCCCCUUUUGUAAAAUGGAAUGCUCUCACUGCAGUGUUGUAACUUUUUAUCUUUUUUUUUUUUCUUCUUGCUGUUCUGCUGCAGUGCAUCGUGGGAUUUCCAUUUCUGCUGAAUGGGCUGCUUGUUUGAGGGGGAGGAAGUGCCUUCCCUGUAGGAUUGCGAGGAAUGGUGGUGGUAUGGUGAGGAAGGAGGGGGGGGAACGUCCUGCUUUAUAUGCAAAGCACAGCAGUUUCAAAAAAGACAUAGUAGAUAGUGCAAGAGGAUCUCCCCGCACAAACAUAGGGGUGUCACAAACACACACAGCAGCUGCAAGCUUUGUGAAGCCUUGUGUUAUUGUAUAGGUUUUUUCCGGAACAUCUCUUUACUAGAAAGUGAUGGUGUUGUUGUAUUAUAGAGCAGCGCUCAGAGUGAAUCACCCCCCCCCCCAAAAAAAAGCAUUUAACGUCCCAUUUAAUAGGAUGCACAGUUUGCUUGUCUGCUUUAAUAGGAGAUCUGCAGGGGUCCCUGAAGAAGCCAGGAGUUAAGAGGUCUUCAGAGCCCUACCAUGAAAAGAAACAGGUCAAAAACUGAGCUCCUUUUGAGAAGGCCUCUGAAAACAUUUUGAAAUGUGCUUCUACUUACCAACCCACCCCCGUUUUUCUCUAUCUCAGUUUCAAACCAUUCACUAGUCUUCAUGGCAAAGGAGUUUAAAAAAAAAAAAAAAAAAAAAACUUUUGAAGUCCACCCCUCCUCCCUUAAAGAGCUCAUUACAGACAAUAGGGUUUCAUUUCCAAUAGGCUGUCUGAAUCAUGUCAGAUUAACCCGCGUGAAGCUCGUUAAGAGUUCCAUGCGUGCUCUAUUUUGGGGUUUUAUUUCCCUCUAAUAUAUUUCCCACCUUUUAGUAUGUGACUGUCAUUCCCAGCCCACCCCCACCUUUUUAAUUAUCCUUUUUAGGCUGAGUGGUAUGCAAAUAUAGUCAAUUAAGUGGGAUGUUUUUAAUUAACGGUUUUAAGUUCACGUGUGAAGUGCCUAGAUUUAAUCACUCUUCACAGUUUCGUUGUUAAUUUGCAACGUUUUCUCUUUUUUUUUUUUAAUGUUUUGGAAUAACUCUGAAAAAACUGUGAAUUGACGGUUUUCAUCCUUUUCUUAGAAAUGUCUAGUGGUUAUAUAGUAUUUUUUUUAAUACCUAAACUAAUGCAGUUUUUGGGGAAAGCAUAGUUGAUGGAGCAGUAGGAAAGUAAAAAUGGUUAAAGGACAAAAGCGUAAAUAAAACGAUAAACUAACCCACCUACAAAUGUCCUGUCCUUGGUUUGGAGAGAAGGCACAUGAUCUACAUUGACCAGGAAGUGGCUGAGAAAUCUCAGGCAAUCCUUGUUUACUACUUUACUCUUCUCACAGGCUGUUUCUGAAGACUAUAUUUUUACAAGUUGCAGGCGUUAUCUCAUCCAUUCAAAUGAAUUUGACAAAUAUUUAUAGUGUAUGGAGAUAAUGAUCGAGUCAGUGCACACAGAAUUUUUUUUCUCUCCUUACAGAACAUUUGAUUGUCAAGUGCUUUUUGUCCAGCUUUGGAGUGUAAAAUCUGGGAUUCAAAAGAGAUUCUUCAAGCCUUGCUCCUUGAAUGAUACAAUACUUUGGAGUGUGUUGCUUAUGGAUUUUAGCUGCUAGGGGUCCUACAAUUCUCUCCAGUGGACUCUGUUUUUCACCUUUCUGAAAAGAAAAAGGGGUAAACUUGACCUAUUGUCAGUCUUGUAGAAAAGAGCAUAAUGCCACUAGUACUUCCCACUGGGAUGUUUUACACACACACACACACACACGAAAUAGCAAAUUUUAAGUCAAAAUAUUCAACGUGGAAAAAUUAUCCAACUCUGUUUUUCCAGCUGUUGAAUAAAACCUACAUUUUAUCAUUUCUUUUUCAAGAGAUCGCGAAAGUUCUUUUUUUUUUUGUUCUUCUUCAAAAGAGGAACUGGUUAUACAAUUCUCAAGAACUUGUUUUCCUAAAUCCUGUGCCCGGUCAACUGCCAGUUCUUAUUAGCAGAUCUGUGCACGGGCACCAUUGCAGCUCUGCCACAUAAUGACAUUUAUAUAUGUGUACGUAUUCCCAAUACAAACACCAAUUACAAGAGCUAAGCUAUCCAAGCUAAAUAUAUAUUUAAGAACUAUAAAAGUGAUUGUAAAUUACCUAAAAGAGUCUACUGUGCAGACACGAAUAAUAACAAAGCAGACCUGAAUGUUAUUCCGUAGGAUGUCUCGGGGUUGCAUUCCUUUGUACUAGAUAAUUCACAUUUUGCAAAACACUGGUGACUGUUACACAAUUCGAUGGUCACUGGGUGUGGAACUGCUCUUUAUGUUGAAAGGUUUUUAAUUGGAACAAAUUGUGAAACAAAGCCCUUAAAACUUCGGUCAAGGGAUUGGUCAAAGAUUGAUAUUUUUAGAAGUGUAUGUAUUUGUGUGCUUACGUAAGUAUGUGUGCGUGUGUGUAUAGUGUAUGCGUGUGUAUGCAUGUAUUUUAUAUAUAUAUAUAUAUAUAAAUAUAUAUAUAUAUAUAUAUAUACAUGCACACAACGUCAGGAUGAACAACAUGACAGUACUAUUGAUAACAAAAAAUUGCCUAUCCCUGAACCAGAAGGGGUUGCAGGAUUUCGCACCCCGAUAGAAGUGGAACAUUCCCUAGUCACCCAGAGGGAGCAGAAGGGGUUAUGGGGGUAUCGUGAUUGUAAGUUCUUGCUGAACUAUGUACGUGCUCUGAGAAUUUAUUCUCACUUCUGCAUCUCUCAUAGGACGGGGAUUGUGAAUAAUUUAACAAGUGCAGGCAGGGUUGUCUACAGAAGCCACAUUGUUAGAAAUUCUCCAGUCAGCAGACAGCUAGUCUGGGCAAGCGGUGAGGAUACGUUAAAGUCAAUAUUCCAUCAUCUUGUCGGAGUUAACCAUUUCUGUACCACUGGCUCUCAGAACUGGCAAUAAAUGUUGUGGAAUUUGUGAGUUACGAUGGUAGAAUGCUGUCACGUCCAAUCUGUCUGAAUGUUUCCCCAAUUAAUUUUGUUGAUUUUGUAAUGCCAUUCCUAUGCAAAAACAUAUUUUCAGCGGUUCAAAGUAUUUGCUUUUUUUGGAUGCACCUGCGUUCAUUAUUCAGGUGGUAUGGAGUCUACGUAGAAGCAUGACUGGAAAAAAUAUAUAUUUAGAAGCUGACCACACAAUUUUAAGAGCCAAACUUUUAAAAUUGCCAUUUUAUUUUUGCGAAGCACAAUGGCCACAUCUUUCUGAGUUGGACGGAAUAGAUAUUGGUGAAGUAGACGUUUAAAGUCGACUCUACACUAAUCAAGGCUGCUGAAUAAAGGGUAUUCUCUGGGUGGUGGGGAGAGACUACUCCAAAAUGGUUUGACCAAAAAACAAUAUGGAAAAAAAAAAACAAUAUGUGUAUCCUAGAAAUUUGACCACUUUAAACUAAAAUUAUUUUUUUUUUGUUUACUUUGCAAGCUGGCGUUAUUGGUUGUGAAAUAUACAGUGUCCUUUUAAGCUAACUAGAUUAGACUAUGCCAGGCAGGAUAGCCUGUGUUAGACACAUCUGUUACUGUGGAGAACAGUCUUUUUGAGGCACUGUGAGUGCACAGACAACACCACUUUCUAUACCUGGAUACUUACUUAACACAGUAGCUCUGUUUCAGUCCUGUCAGACAGUCACUCACCAAUCACUCCUUCUUUAAGAUUCCAGAUGGUUAAAUAACAGCAGGGGUUAAAAUGAGAUCCAUUGUCUCUUUUCUUAUGCCUAAUUUAAGUCUUCACUCACUGUCUAUCUCUCUUUUCCAGUGUCUUUUUUGUCCCUUUGACUCUUUCUCCAAAUGAUCAAAUUAGGCUGCCUAUUUGGGUGUAUUUAGGGGAGGAGUGAGGCACUCCACUAAAUCCGUACUUAACCUGUGAACAUUGAUUUAGAUAACUGCUCUCUGUAAUGUAGAUAUUACACUGUGUGCUACUGUCCACCAUCAAAUGACAAAACUGAAGGUUCAACCUGUGUCUAUUAAAUAUAGUAUUCGCAAGUAGGCAUUAUCAUACAUUAUUUAUGUGACUUAUUAAAUCUGUAUAGUGUUUAUUUCUACAAUCAUUCAUAUUGUCACUUUGUUUCCAUCAUCAAACAUUUUGACAGACCUAAAAUAGUGUUGAAUCGUUCUUAUAAGUCUCUAACCACAUUAAGUUGUUUUAAAAACUGGCCAUCCGUCUGAUAGACCAGCAUUGGGUUACAUGUGGCCUUGAACGACUUCAAAUAUUUGUCAACUUUUUGCUUGUGUGAAGACUGAAGUUCUGUAUGUACAUUUGCAAAUAAUUUAGUUUUAACCGGUGUUUUAUGCAAUACUGUAUUAAGAUUGAAUAAAUAACCACAUGCCAGAAAAAAAUAUCUAGAAAAGAUUACUCAUUUCUCUUCAGCUUGCAUUUCUGACGCCCUUGCGUCCUUGUUGCCCCUAUGCUGUCCCCUGCAUAAUAGCGGACCUUGCUUGUCACAGCAUGGUGGAUUUAUGGUGGGAUAUUCGCUACCCUUCCGUGACCCAGAGGGCUGCCAAAAAAUGGCCACAGCUUUGCUAUCCAGCUUCACUUGAUUAUAUUGGAGUGCCUGUUGAAUUGAAAAAUUGAAAGGAUUAAUGAAUUCUCUCGGUCCUGGGGUGACUGUCCCCUUUGUGCAGCUUUGUUUAACGCUGUUGAAUAUUUAUGUAAAAGGGGUGCACGGUCUGGUUACAAGUCGCUGGUGCUUGAAGAGGUGAAGGAGGAAGGGGGUAACUGUUUUUUUUUUUCCGUCUUGCCCUUUUUGUUUUGCUAAUAUCGUCAUCGAUGAAAGCUUGCGUGCUUGUCCGAAUGAGCUCGACCUAUCUGCACGUUAUCAGCACAGCAUCUGUGGCGCAUGCUUUCAGAGAAUUAUACUGUACCAAAGUUACAGUAGUAGAAAAAAAAAAGUUUUUACUUUUUUUAAAGUUUUUUUUUAAUUCAACCCAUAGCAAACAAAAAAAAAAAAAUAAUAAUAAAAAAAAAUGAUUGCAUUGCGUUUUGCUUUUUUGUAUUCUUUUGUCAAACCCCUUCCCCCUUUUUUACACAUCUGGAGUUCUGUUUUUUUUUCUAUGCUUGUUUUUGUUCAUUUAGAAGGCCCCAUAUAAUAGCAAUUGUUUUCUCAUUUUUUUCUGUUGAUAGGUAAUUGAUUGGGUAAACAACUUUUUUUUUCCCUUUGCUGACAAGCAGAAAAUAGUUUGCGAGCAGUGUGGCUUGCCUCUAAAUGUCCAGAGAGUGACCCUAGUGUAUGUUCUUUUAUUCAUUCAGCUUUAAAUCCCUCCCUUGCCCCCUACCCCCGUUGUGGGACACUUAGCUGCCUUUUUAUCUUGUAAAGCUUCCGAAUAAGCUUUAUCUAGAAUGGGAAGCAUGAUAUACAUGAAUACAAGCCAGUGUUCCUUUGUUAAGGAAGCUCUCUCCCUAUUCUCCUACACCCCACUCAUGCUCAGUAAGCCUUGUGGGUUUUUCUGUUUAGAUUGUGGAGGGGGGGAGGGCAGAAUAAGGCCUUUUUCAGUCUAAUGGAUAGUCUGACAAAAGGGUAAAUUAAGGGGCUGAAAUGGUGGCGUUUUCAUUAUAAUACAAUUUUUUUCCUGUGCCGUAAGAUAAUUUUUUUUUUUGCAAAUAUUUUUCCAUUUGCUUACAGUAUAGGUCAAAAUUACAGUUGUUCUGCUUCUAUAGGAAACAAAAAUGGAAACAUAACUGUAAUAGAACUUCUGUAGGUGUAACUAAUUCUGAGGAAGAAUGGUCUACUUGGCUUAAGCGACUGAUGUACUCCACUGAUUUCCAUGGUAGCAGCUUCUCAUUCAUCACUGUAUUCUAGAAUUGCUCUAGGAUUCCACGUUUCGUAAAUAUAACCAAUUUUUGUCUUGUACAUAUAUAGAUUUUACCCUAACUUUUCUGCAAUGUGUGCUUGGAUUUUAUUUUGAAACAAAGCAAGGGGGGCAUUUUUCAGGUCUAGUAAGCCUCACUUAAUCAGAUUUUGGAAGAAGAGGAGGUUACAAGUGAUAUGAAGCCAAAAUUGAGCUUGGCAUAAAAAAAUUCCGCUGUCCUGCGUAUUUUUUGUUUUUUUUGUUUUUUUGUGUGUGUGCAACUCUUGUAAUUUGGCUUACUUUUUUGCAUGUUUGUUUCCAUUUACAUUUUUGUGAAUAGAUCCCUUUGUGUGCAGAUAGCAUAUUACACUUUUUUUCCUGCAGGUAGCUUGUUUUGACUGGAGAUUGUCUGUAUAAAAGAUUGGCACAUCCAGAACUGUCAUUAGAAGAUAUUGGAAUCUAAAAGUGUAGGUCAGGCGAGAAAAAGGCAGAACGAGUUUUGUGUGACAGAAACUACAGAUUCUCAUAUGACAAAGUAGCAUCCACCAAACCUCCUACAGGAUGUAACCCAAGCAGCGGCAAAUAACGUGAGAAUGGUAAACAAAACUUAACUGCUGCCAUGGUAAUCCCUCCCUCCGCCCAUCUUGGAGUACUGAACACUCCAGUCAAACCUUGUUUGGGAAGGCAUUUAGUAGUUAUGCAACUUAGGAGUUUCUUGUCAAGAACUUCGAUCUGUGUUUGAGGCCCGCACCCUGAGCAGGUGCCACUGCUUACUCUGGCUAUUAUAGUCCAACAAUGAAGCUAAAAGUCCUCUGGUUUGUAAAUAGCAUGAAGCUCCAGAGUAAAUCAAGUAAAGGGUUUGCCUGUCCGUCCUUUCAAUUAUACACUGUAUAGAUUCUGAAAUUCAACAAGGGAUUAGCUAGAUCCACCGGGAGAUGAGUGUGAAAGGAACACUCCAGUGGUUAAAAAUAAAAAAAAACAUACAUAUAUUUAUUUUUAACUUUGGAGUGUUCCUUUGUUAGUUACGUUUAAGGUCCCCAUUUAAAAAAAGAAAAAGUAAUAAAAAGAAAAAAGUUGUCAAACUUACUUGUAUUUCAGCGCUGAGACAGUCUUGCUUCUGCAGUCCGAACCUCCCACCCAUGGGGUCGUCAAUUCUGACCAGGGGUUCUCCACCAAGUCCUCAAGGACACCCAAACUGUCCAGGAUUUAGGGAUUACCCUGCUGUGUCUAAUGUGUUUUUAGGGGGUGGGGGAAAAAACACUUUAGGACUUGACUGGGUUGAGAACCCCUGAUUCUGACGUUCUCCGUCCAAUCAGAUAGUUGUGUUAUACAAGCACUCAGGACCUAUUGUGCCUGCAUGGCAAUGCUGCUAACCGCCAAUCUAAUUAAACUUAUAUAGAAGCAUUAACCACAAUAAGCGCAGUCAUGCCGCUCAUGAUGAUGCCAAACAUGAAAACCUUCAAAAAUUCUAGGUUUUAAGGAGGAAGUAGUUCUAGUGGUAUAUUCACGGCCAAACAUAAGCAUUUUCCCAGAAAUCGCAAUUCUUUACAUUUUUCCAAGAAAAGCGACAAGGCCAUUGGACCUAAACCACUACAUAUAGAUGUGGUACUUUUGGUGCUUGGUGUGUCCCUUUAAGACUUGUUUCAUUUCCACGUAGAAAAAAGCUUGCGGCCUGUGCUCUAGAAAGAUCUUCCUAUACAGCAACGUAUGUGCUAAAAUGCAUGAUUAACUAUUUUAAGAGAUAAGCCAGUAAAGUUGUCUGGCAAGUUCUUAGUCUCACAAUAGUAACAUGCUGAGAAUUGAGUGUGAUCCAGUAAAAGCUGAAUAGAACGGAGCAUUAAGUACGCUGAUGACUAUUAGGGGAUAUUUCCCUGGGCUUUUAUAAACCUCUACUUGUGAGACAAACCACUCAAAUUCCAAGGCUGUUUGUGUGGAAUCUUUGUAUCAAACUGUAUGUUAAAUAGCUUGUAAAUAGAAGUCGCUAAUAGGGUCUGUAGAAUGUUCACAAAGAAGGUAUUAUGACUGAUUGGUGAAUCUCUCCCAUUGGGGUGCAAGAUCCCUUCUGUAGAACUGGUUUAGUAAGUGACUUUUCUUCCUAUACGGGAAAUCCAAACCUUAUUUUUUUUUUCAUUAUUAACAUUUUAAAUUGACCCCUGAACUGUGGAUUUGUUCAGAACCCAUAAAUUAUACACUUUUUUUUUUUUUUAUCUUGAAGAAAACAUGUUUUGUCUUUAAAUAUAACCUUCUGACAGAUGUAUUUUUAAUAUCAGACAGGGAACUCUCUGUCUCCACAAAGUCAACUUGGUGUCUGUUCUUACUUCCUCUUUUAAUUAAUAAUGCUUGUUUCAGCUGUGCAAAAGCUGUUCUUGCUUUUUGGUAAACUUGGUUUGCAAUAUAUAGGAAAGUAUGUGUCUACUUGUGUGUUUAUGCAUCAUGUCCAUUUCUCAGAUUUUUAUCGAUACUUUUGUCUCCCGGCAUUUUUAAUGAAAAUAUUUUUUGUUGUUGUUGGAUAAGUGUAGGCUCGUCGUAUUGUACAAUAUUUGCGCGGAAUCAAACCAGUAUACAAUGUGUAUUGAAAGUCAUUCAGUGGAAUGAAGGUAUUUUUAGGUUUAAAUUCUUGUUUCUCUGGAUUCAAACCUGUCAUGUGACACAAAUAUUGUCGUGUUUGUGAAUAGUUCGUACAAUCUGUAUACUUGCAUGUUCCCAGUAACAUACUAAACAUACAAAUUAAACUUUAACUAGAAUUCCUCUUAUCUUUAAAUCCCCUCCCCCCCUAUUCUUGCUGCUGUGUUAUGAAUGUUUUUGCACUCGCUUCCUUCGGAGAGAUUGUGAUUAUGCUUACAACAUGGCAAUUUACGGAUUCAGUUUAACAUUAAUCGUAUGUUCCAACAGUCCGGGAUCUUGUGAGACAGUCCUGAUUUAGAAGCCAUGCGCCACCAUCCAGGGUUUUUAUUUCUUACUUAUGAUCUCCCACUUGUAAGGUCGUUACAGAGACACUAAAGUCAACCAGAUCACUUCAUCUCAAUGAAGUGGUGUUGGUGCUGUGGCCCUUUCAUUUUAACUGCAAUGUUUACAUUACAGGAUUACAUCCUCCUCUAGUGGCUGUCUUCCUGAAAAAAUCAGUCACAUGACGUGGAAAAGAUUGCAUGCUAUUUUCCUAUAAGGGAGGUGGGAUGUGUGCAUGCGCAUCAAGUCCAGAUUGCUUAGGUUUGUAUUCCAUAGCUAGUGUUCCUUUAAUGACAUUUGCCUGCAUAUCCUGGCGUCUAGGCAUCCUUGGUUUGCAAUGGUAACCAAAUAGAAUUUCCAGGCUGAAAUUCCUGUCUUUUUGGUAGCCAUACAUCCACGUCCAGUGAUCUACACUGUGUAACUAUCAUAAUGAUUCAAAUCAUCCCUAAAGGCAGGUAAAAGAGUCUUAAACCAAAUUUUAAAGUCACAGAGCUCCCUCACCUCCGUAGUUUAUACUCAAAUUCCAGUCUGAGUGACUGCAUUUGAACUUCUUAAAAAAAAAAAACAACAAAAAAAAACAAAUGUAACAAUUGCUUGCAGACACAGAACUGCCAGAAGUCUAGUGUAUUCCACAAUGAAGUUCUCUGGGACGGCUUGCAUUGUCUGUUUAGAUUGUGCAUUUGAUGGUAGCGAAGUGGUCCCUAGUCUCCACACACAGUGCACAAAAGGGAACACUCUGGACCAGGUUACUGCUGUUCACUGAGCCCUCUCCCCCCAUAGAGUUUAGGUAAACUAUUGUUUGCAGUUUUUCUCUUACUCAUUUGGAGCAGUUACAAAGAUCUGGCCGUCUGUGCAUCACAUGAUUGCCAUGGCGUGACCUGUCAAUAGUGUACAGGUCACUGUGAAGGUGCCCACAUUUAACCCCAUUUGUCUCUAUUAACUCUUUCCUUCAUUUUUAGUUUACCAAUCUUUUUUUUUCUUUUGUGUGCGAAAGUCUUUAGUAAAUAUAAGAUACUUUAAAGUUACCUCUACUGCAGUAGGCACAUCAGGUGUGUGCUUAGUAACCCGUCGUAUCCUUUGAGAAGAGUUGUUUUUGCACAAAAGAAAAAAAUGUUGCUUGCUGAAGGUGUGAGCAGCAAAACCAUUUUUCGAUAUGUAUCUGUUUUGUACAUUUUUUGCAGUCUUGCUGUUUUUUUUUUUUAAAUUGCUACACAGACACUCCUUCCUGAAUGUCUCGCCGUCUCUGAUCUAACUCUGACACAUGUGUUAUAUGUGGUUUUCAAAGGUGUAAUAAGCAAUCUAUGAAAUGGCAAGUUCGAUGUUUCACAACACAUUUAAGAAAAAUGGAAAAAGUUAGACAUGACCAAAGGGCCCCGAUGCAGGCUCAAUUUUAGGGACUCAAAACGUUGACCCGUGUCAGUUAAUGCUUUUUGUCUUGUUUGGUUUUGUAUCACGUAAGCAAGUAUGACAGUGUUUUUCACUGUUAUUUUUUUUGUUAGUUUUUGUUUCUGCAUAUAUUUUUGUUUAGAUAUUGAUCCUUCAAACACUGCAGAAAUCAAACAAACAAACAAAAUAUCUGAUAUUGUGUUUAUGUCAGUGUUUGUUUUUUCUGUCUCAAAUUGCCCGUUUUAUGAUCUGUCAGUUGCUCUAUGAAUGAUUUUUAGUUGAAGGUUGGUGAGCAGUCCCCCCACCCCCCAACCAUUUUCUCAGUGGUUGUCCAUUUCCCUUCUCUCUUUAGAAUUUUGACUUUGUUGCUUUUUCCUCCUUGAAACACAAUGGUUAAAGACAUUUUCUUUUAUACAAAACCCACGCGACAACUGUCGUGUUACGCCUACCCCCAACAUGGAUGAGCGUCUCGGCUCAUAAGGGAUAUGGCCUGUGGCUGAAAGUCACUUUGUAUAACUAUAGAAGUAAGUCACGUGACUUACCCUAGUCGGAAAAGUCAUAUCCUAUAGUUCAGCUCUACUGGAACGAAUUGUCCAAGACAAUGCUUUGGGAUCCUGCUAGAGGUAUUAAUAUCAGUGCAAUGUCAGCGAAAUGGAAAUGAGGUGAGGAAACGUUAAGCGGGAGAAAGAGGAAAAGGAUCCUUGAAGCAAAACAAAGCAGAUAUUUUUUUUUUCUAUUGACAUAAAGGCCAGUGAACAGUGACAGUCGUACAAAUAGGGGCUUGCUUAAAAAGUCUGAAUAUACUAUGAAAUCCAAUAGGAAAACAUACGGGAUGGGGUAACAAUAACUAAAUGCUUGUAUUAGAAAUUCCUCGGACGUAAUACAUGUAACCCUUUAAGAUUUAGGAUAGACCCUCAUCCGUUGAAUCUGAAAUAAAAAAAGACAAUAUAAGUCACUGAUAAUAUAAUCUAAUUCCACCUAACACAGUUGUUCUAUGUCUCAUAUGUUUUUGCACUAGUGCAUGUACAAUGAAUUACCCAACUUCCCAUUGAUAAAUGAAGAUCUAUAAAUAACUUCAAUUAAGGUAUAUAAAAUUUUAUUAUCUGGAAUACUAUGUACAGAACCCUGAAACUCUGUAUUGUCUUGUAGAUCUUCUACGUAUUGCUUCUGUGAAUCAUCAACUAAAUAUUAUUCUUGGGUGUCGACAGCAAAUGUUUUGGUGUGCUUUUUAUAUUUGUGUUGUGUUGCAACGAUGAUAUUGAUGUCUGCUUCUCAUUCAUAAUAAAAUGUUACGUCAAUCCCGUGAUCUACCGAAAGAGAACGUGAUUUUCACUGGUCAAAAUAAUUUCAUUUUAAUUCAUUCAUUCUUUCAUGAUGUCUGGGUUGUGCUUCCAGGUCUGGUUAUAUAUACCUGAGACAAGUGACACACAGACAAGAACAUGUGUGUUUGUGGUAAGUAGUGUAUGAUUAAUAGCCAUGUCAUGUAUAGAUCUUCCUUAUUAAUAAGGUCUAGGUGGGCAAACCUGUGUGAGACUGCAGGUUCUUCCUAGUUCUUACCGGUAGUACACUCUGCCAACCUUUGCCUGCAGAGGAAACUUCUGUUUGGGUAAACAUAUCCGCUCUCUGCUACUUUCCUAAGGGAUUUUAGUAUUCCAAAACAUCAAAGUUUCUAUUUCCCCUUAACAGCCAUGUAUGUCAGAUGGGUAAACUGUUAAUUAAAUUACCCACAGCAUACAGCCCAGGGCAUCGGAAAAAUCAUGGAACCAUCGGUCAGCAGCUUUGCCUCUUGGGUGAUCUAUUUUAAUGUUGGUAUACAAUUCUCUAAAGCUGACCGUAAAAAAAAAAAAAGGAAAAGGAUGAAAAUGGACCACCACCAUAAUAUGUGUUCAUAGUUUAAUAUUUUAGUGCUUGUAUUACUAUUUAUUUACAGAGCAUGAAGUUUUGAAAUAUAAAUAUUCUAUAUUUUAAUUUUGUUUGCCAGUUUCAUAAUAGAAAAAAAAAAAUUCACAACAUUAAUAAUAAUUCAUCAAAAUAACCCCCACAACUGCUUUUUAUGUUGGUCUCCUGGCAUUGAGUUGCGCCUUUCAUAAAGCCAUUUAUUUAGAGUGAGAAAGACACAUUUUGAGAGUACUUCAUUUGGGAGGACACUGCUUGUAAUGUGUUGUACAUGACCUUUGGCAACACAAGGUUUAAUAAAGAUGACACAUCCCUGAUCAUGUAUGCCUCUGACGCCCUCCGCUUCAUAAGUUCUUCGUACCAGCUUACGAAACUGUCUCCUGAGCAGGGAGAGGUCAUUUGAGGCAGCUGUCUCGAUCUGGCAGCCUUCUCAUCUCGUCUUAAAGGCUGUCUGGAAGGAUUUGUUCCCUUUCUUUUUCAAGGGGCACAUUGAGGCAGUUAUGAGGAUUAGAAUUAAAACAAAAGUUCAUUUCAUUUUUUCCCUCCCCUCCUGGCCUUGGCUUGCUGCAAGACAUAUUCCCUUUUCAAUAGAAAGACUGGAACAUUCUGCAUUGCAGGCUUUUCCUUCCAAUGCCUGCCUACUUCUGUUUUCUAUAGCUUCUUGUAAUAGUAAUCUAAGCAUAUUGAAUUAUAUUGUCACCAGAGGCCUUUGUCGACAUAUGAACAUCAAAAAAAGAAGAGAUAUAUUUGUAAUCCAAGGGCCUUUAGUCUAGCCAGAUUUCCUCUCAUUUCUCUCAGCAUUAUGAAUCUCUACCAGGUGCUUGUCUCUCUAAAUAUAUCUCAGAUAUGUGUAUUUACAUAUAAAACACGUAUCCUUACCAAGUCAUCCUUACAUUUUCAUUGGCCACUUUAUUAGAUGCACCUAUAGAGUACCGGGUAGGCCUCCUGUUCUCCAAAGCAUCCUGAAUCAUUUGAUACAGUGAUGCAUCUACAAGAUUCUAGACACAUUCUUUAGAAGUUUGGUCCAUAUUGUGUACCCAAAGGUGCUUAUUGUGUUCAAAUAUAGAGACGGUGCACCCAAAGAUACCUUUGAUCAAGGUAUUCGGACAUGGAGCAUUACUUUACUGGAUGUUAUGAUGCCUAGGAAUCCUUCCAAGGUCAAUUUAACGAGUAGCAUUAACAUGGGUUAUAAUAGCCUCCAUACUCCAAGAAGUACAAGCUAAAUGUACCUUGCUGGUUAAGUGAUUUUAAUUAAAUGUUUUGUGGUCCUGCUGUCAGGUUGGGCCAGUUUGGAUGUCUUAUACAAUCUCUUUAUUAACAGGGUCUCUUUGGCCAAUUAAUUCAUAUUUUUUUCUUUAUUUUGUCAUAUUCUGUAAAUUCUAGAAACACCAGCAGGUCAGGUGUUGUGAGAAUUGUUCUGAGCACCAAUAUUUACCAGUGUCAAAGUCACUUAGAUAUCGCCAUAGUUGACCAGCAACUGAACCUUUCGAUCAUGUCUGCGUACUAGUCUAUUUACAUGAACGAGCAGGUGUACUUAACAAAAUGGCCACUCUGUGUGUCUACAGAAAUGUGUCGUACAGUAAAAUUACCUUACUUGGUGAUCACUUUUUCUUUUUUUUUUUUGCUAGAAUUGAUCUGGAAAAUCCUUUUGUACAGUUCAUAGUGAGACUGCUAUCUUUUUUCGUGAACAUACAAUUUUUAACAGUGGUACUUCCUCUAUUCCAAUUUUUCUUUCUUUGCAACGUAGCAAUGAUACUCAGUAGUUUAUUAUACUGUGCGUUUUCACAGAGAAGCCCUACACCUCCGACAGGAAACGUACGUGCUGUAUAAUUAAACCUAAAGCAGCUUUAGGGAUUAACAGGUCCAACCAGGUAACUAUUGCUUCCUCGGCUAUAAGAGAAUUAUCUUUUACUUUUUUUUUUUUUGGAAGCAGGAAGGAAUGUUGCGGUUUAAAAUAAUGAAUUAACGUGGGUUUUGUCUACUUAUUGCCAGACCUCAGAUUGAGAUAUAGAAACGGUACAUGGCCUUUGUUUAGUCUCAGUUCAGUCAACUGUAAAUUGAGUAAUAAUAGACAUCUGACCCUAUGGGAAAGAGACUGACUGAUCUAAUUUCUUUGUUGCAGUGCGCAAGGUAUUACCAGUCCUUUAGGAGUUAUAGCCUGUGAUUAUGACCAUGUGUAGAACAGGCCCCCUUUUGGCUCUUUUGUAGAGAUAGAGUGAUGUCUUGGAGUAUUACGGUCAACCUGUAUUUUAUUUUGGAAGAUGGGGGACAUAGCUGAGCUUCCGCUAAAUUCAGAGUAUACAUCAUCGAUUUCUAUUGGAGCAAUAAAUGCUUUGCUAUCAGAAUGAUAUCGACAAAAAGAUUGUGUUAAACUUAUUAAAAUGCUUCAUUUUGAUGAUUUUUAUGGCAGACUGACAUGGCCAUUAUUGGAAAUUCAAAGUGGAUUUCAAAUUCCAAAACAGCCAAAAUAGGGGGACAUGUAUGUGUAUACAUAUAAUAUAUUCUGCAGGUUUUUUUGGUUUCGAUUAUUUUUCACUUUCACCUAAAAUUUGAAAUUUACUUAGAAUCUCCAACAAUGACCAUGUAAAUAACCUUCUUAGCUAUUUACCGGCCUAAAUAGGAAGAAAACAAAACACAUACAUAUAUUUUCUUAACAAAAACACUUUUAUUUAACAGUGUAUCAAAACACUGCAGGAUUUGCCAUUUUAAAAUACGUUUUCGGGUUCAUCUAGCCUGGCCUUCUAAUAUCACCAUUUGCAUCUUUGAAUGAAACACAUGCUGACAGUUAAAAGUGCAAACCUGCUGCCCUCUUCUAUAUAUUUUUCUUCAUAAUUUUACCAUUGUUAAAGCAAAUGAAUAAGUCUAACAAAAGGAAGCAAAUUUAUAGUCCUUGGAGAACUUGUCCUCAUUUUAAAUCCAUUUAAAUGUCUUGGUUUUUUAAAAUUCAGCGUGUCGUCUCUUUUAACAGAGAUAUUUUAACAAGUUAUUUCUGCAGUUCUAAAAUGUCACAAUUCCCAAAACGAGUUUUUUUUUUUGUCAGUGGUACCGGGAGGCGCAAAUUGACCAUUCAGAAAGCGUAAGACUUUCCUCCCAGAAAUAUGUGCUUGAGAUGGAACAUUUUGUAGCAACAUCAUGGAGCAGGGAAUGAUGGGUAGAUGUCGAUAAAGUAAACCUUCAUGCAACUUUGUGCCCUGGAAAAAAAUGGAAAUGAGGCAGGGGGUUAUAACCAGGCAGAUUGGACAUCUACAGGAUUUACCAAUUAUUUUCUUCUUUAGUUUAAAAAACAUUUAUUGAGGCCCUUUCUCCAUAUCUAUCCCGACCUGAGCAUUCUAGAGAUUUGUGAGCAUUAUUACCAAGGUACAACAAAAAGCAGAUUUUCGAUCAAAUAUCACUGGUAAUUGACAACAUAUCCCAGAAUCCUUCCGGUGUUUGCACAAAGGCCCGUAAAGACUGAGUGAGUCACUAGCGUAAAUGAACAUCAUGAUUCCUACAUGAACAUGGAGGCAAACCAUUCGUUGUGCUUGUUUAAAAUCUUGCAUGUUUUUUCUAUGCAUUAAACAUACACUUUUAAAUUACAAUAAUGCAGUAGCCAAGUCCCUGAAUAUUUUCAUUAGAGAAAACCCCCAAUAAGCCUGUUUGUGUGUGAAACACAUGCCAUGAAUUUACUUGUUACUGUUUUUAUGAGAAACCUGCAAGAUGGAGCUGUUUAUAAGACCUACACUUCAGUAGGUCUGCCUCCUUAAUUGACGCCGGGAGCCAUUGGGUGUUUAAUAGAUUAUAGCUGUGUCUGUUCUAACCCCAACACAAUGUUUCUUAGAGGCAGCAGUGAAUUCGCUGCCCUUAGUCAAUUAAGACUUUUUCCCCCCUUGGUGUUAACUUAUUUAUAGGCAAUGUGCAUGCUGAUUUCAGUAAACAACUUCCUGUCACCAUUUCUAAGCAGUAAAAAUUAUUUAACACGUCCCAGCUUUGCAGAAGGGAGACAUUCUGCCAGCCACUAGUAAAACGGGAUGUUAACACGUAUGUAUUGCGCCACGGCUUAAAACACAUUCAAUAAUAACACAAAUAAUGCUCUCAUAACGGUAAAGGUUAAAUAGGUUCCAGAACCCAUUGGAACCAAGAGAUUGUGGUUCAGUACCCUGGGUUUAUGGCGUAGCAGACACAUUCACAACUGGUGCAGGACUGGGCGGUGUUCUACAAUUUUGUGCUAGUUAUAUCCAGAAUCGUUGGAAAAAAAACAGGCAGAGCUUUAAUGCAUAUGGAGCCAAACGAGUGCUCUGCAGAACAGGCUGUAGAAUAAACUAUCUGCUUUCCUGCUGCUUAGAAUGGCUUCUCCCUUUCUUCUUUCGGCUUUUGCAAUGAUUGGUAGGAAAUGCAGGAGAUUCUGGUAUAUGAGGUGCUCUUAACCAGAUGUGCACACUGGGAGUAUUGGAUGGAUUUUUGUGUUUGUGUCUUUGUUGCAGCUGCUAAAUGUUUGCAUCAUGCAAGACCUUUGAGUAAUAUCAAUGCUAAGUCAAUGCUGCAUGGGUUAAACCAGCAGUCAUUCUGCCAUUGGAAACACUGGGAGUCAAUUACAGUUGUGCUGCGCAUGUACAAGUGGCUCUCUUUGCAUGCACAAAUGCGAGUGUAAAACUGUACAUGAUCUACUGCUUUGCUGACAAAGCAAAACUGUUGACAGAGAAACAAGGAGGUGUACAUUUUGGGGGGAAAACACAUGGGGGGAGUAAACACAGAUGGAAAUAGAACUUCUUAUACAUUUUUGUACCAUGUGAAACUAUAUUUUUGUAUUCUGAUUGUGCACUUGGAGUGCCCUUUGAAUGCACACACCCUCAUUCAAAUGUAGCCUGCAGGAAUUAAGGGGUUAAAAUCGUCGACUUUUUGGCUCCAGCAGAUUCAUUCAUAUGGUUUUUGUUUAGGAUUAGGAUGUAAAUUACAUCAGCGUAAUAUAUAAACGGAUAUAUCAGCCCUUCUGUUGGCCAGAUGUUGGAGAGUUAGAAUCAGAUUGGAGGGGGGCAAAAUGCAGGGGGAGAGCCAUUUGUGCAGAGGAUUUACUGCAGUGCCUGGAGCGCAUUUGAGCAGACAGGGGUGCAGGCAUUCAUUAUAUUGACAAGGCCUGCAGAAAUGGAACCAAUAACACAGGAGACACAUGCUUUCUCUGUUAAUUUUACAGGAAAAAUAUAUAUAAAAACUCAGAUUUCUUGGUUUGGUUUUGUACAGAUAAAAAAGUGUAGAUCAUUAAUAUGGAGUAACAACAUUAUGCUUGUUUUUUAAAAUUUAAUCUUUUUUUUAUAUAUAUAAUUGUGAUUAGGCUUAGGCAGCCUUCUGUUGGCUAAGAAUGACGAGUCUAUGACGGAUCCCUGUGACUGAGAGACUACAAGAAGCCGCAUGCCUUAAAUGUUUAAAUAUUUAUUUAUUUACAGCCACUAGUGAGCUGUGGCAUACCAUGUAGGACAAAGUAUGCGAAACUGCAAAUUUAUAGCAUUCUGUUUUGACUUUUUUGAAUUUUGGGUUGGGGGCUGUUACUAUGAGAAUGUAUGCAUUUAAAUUGAGUAUUCUUUUUUUGUAUUGAAUACGUCUACCAUAGGGAUGUUCAAAUCUUGAUGAUAUCUAGUUCUAGAUCAAGAACGUCAAUACCAAUAUCCCUACUCAAGAAAAAGAGUUUUCCUAAUGGUUGGUGGAUCUAAACCCAAAUUAUAUUUUUUAAAAAGCCAGAAGUCUCUUAUGAAAUAUCCUCUGAUUCUGUGGAAUUUCCUGGAUGAUUUUAUAUAUAUAUAUAUAUAUAUAUAUAUAUAUAUAUAUAUAUAUAUAAAACUGCACAUAUAAGGUAUAUUUUAUGCUGUACUCUGUAGAAUAGACAUUUAUUGUUAUUUCCAUGGUGAUACUAUUUGCAAAGUGAAAUGACUCCUUUAAACUAGCUGCAAAUAAAUGGCUGUACUUUGAAAGGAAACAUUUUAUUGGCCUGUUGGAAAAUGGAUGAAACCCUGGAGCAUUAUGGUAGGAUGGAAUUGGAACAGAAAACAUAAAGCUACAACUCAUAUAUCAAUUGACCAGAGACAUUUAUUUUUUCUAUUUGAGCAAAGAAUAUGUAUUCCACAAGUUACACCUGAAUUCCACCAUUAGAAUCUUCAUCUGAAAGUUAGGUGACUGGUGAAUGCAUCCUGUUCAUUGUGGCAGCCAUCUUGAUGGAGGAGUGUUUGGGGAGAUUUAUCAAUAUUCUCUGUUCUAAAAAAGAAAAAAAGGUUCUAAAGUGCUAAGAGUGGGGCUAUCACCAUGGAAAUUCGUGGAACCAGCAGGCAAGUCUGUUGGUGACUCCUCCCCUUCUACAUAUUUGCACCUAUUUACUAUUGUAGCACUUUCUCGCACCUUCAAUCUUAUUGAAUUUGGUAAAAUGUACCGUAUAUACUCGAGUAUAAGUUGACCCGAAUAUAAGUCGAGUCCCCUAAUUUUACCCCCAAAAACUGGGAAAACGUAUUGACUCAAGUAUAAGACUAGGGUGGGAAAUGCAGCAGCUACUGGUAAAUUUCUAAAUAAAAUUAGAUCCCCCAAAAAUUAUAUUAAUUUAAUAUUGUUAUAUUCAGGGAGGGGGGGCUCUCAUUCCCUGGUGGUCCAGUGGAUGGGCUGUGUAGGAGGGGGGCUGGCAGAGAGCUGUAACUUACCUUUCCUGCAGCUCCUGUCAGCGCCCUUCUCCUCCCUGCCAGUCAGCUCCCUUCUCCUCCACUUCAAGUCUCACGGUGUGAGUGACCCCGCGGCUCUCGCGAAACUUGCAGUAGGUGCUGACCGGAGGAGAGAGAAGGGAGCUGAACGGAGCUGCUGUAAAGGUAAGUAACAGCUCUCUGCCAGCCCCCAACAGGAGCCCGGUGGUCCUUGUCUGUAUUAUGGCAAUGUAAGUUGCCAUAAUACAGACAGUGACUCAAGUAUAAGUCGAGUGGGGGUUUUUCAGCACAAAAAAUGUGCUGAAAAACUCGACUUAUACUCGAGUAUAUACGGUAUAUUAUAUUUUCCAAAACAUACUUUGGUGCCCUAACAUUUAAUGAGUCUUCUGGUGGCAGUAUAGAUAAAUAAGAGAGAUGGGCCUUUCAGUGUUUUGUGAUCGGGUACAUUAAUUCUAAGGCUCUGCCUCCUGAAUGGCCAUUUUGAUUGGAUUUUUUUCUUCUUCAUUUUUAUGAUGGCGAGAAUGAGAUGAGGUAAUAAAUUUGUAAACACGCUGCAGCUGUUUUCUGCUGAUCACAGAUUGUCACAAUCACUAAACAAGGUAGUGAACUCGCUGUCAGUUGUGUUUUCUGAAGGCUAACAUCAAAAAAAGAGUUAUGCAAAGGGUAACCCAUCUAGUCUAACUGAAAAAUAUUGGGUCAGAGAGAAGCCUCUUCCACUAGUCUCUUGGAUGUGUAUUGGUAUAUGUGUGUGGACACACACAUUAAUUUUUGAUGUUUCGGGAAGAGGGCAUAAACUUCUCAAAUCAACUGAUUAUGCUUUGGACUUGAUCACUCGUGAAUUGACACUUUGUAGUCUUUUGUCUUGCAUAUCCAGUCUUGGUCUUGUGAAGCCCACAUCAAGUUCUUUGCAGAUGGUAGACUGAGACAUUUUUAAAGAUCUGGGUCCACUGGCGUUGUUUACAGUUUUAUGUGAGGUCAGACGGUCACUGGGUGACAGGGGGCAGGGUCUGCCAUCUGGCAAUCGUAAAAUAACAGGGUAAUACACAUUUUUUUUUUGGGUGGGGGUUAUGGGAGAGGUGUUGGUAGUCAAACAUGCAGCUGACUUGUCACUAGCAGACAGCUUUUUACGACUCUUUAAAAUCUUCGAUGCUGCACAUUGGGUCAAAAGUUCAUAUUGUCCAUUCCCCUGCUCCUUUAGAGAUAAAGGGUGUGCUAGCAGGGGCUGGAAUGCAGAACUUGCAAAAUAGUUCCUUAAAGCUCCCUUCUUUCCUUCACAGAUUAGCUCAUUUUGGUUGAGGGUUGAAAGAUAGGAUCUGGUUACUAAAGCUCUUGAAUAAGCAAGUUCAAUGUCCCAUCUUUGAAUUAAUAUGGUAGAAUCAUGUAUAGCUCCCUCUUUCUCUACAUGUUGGCCAGGUACGUCACAUGGCGACCACCAUAUUUUGUAUCCCUCUGUCACAGUGCAGAGUCAAUUAUUUUAUUCAUGUGUUAUCUGGUCACGUCACGUGACUCCCUCACUGUUUGUAGGCAUUAAUCGUACAGAAUAUGGGUCUUCAAAACCUCUCCUGCAAAUGUUUUGAUGUCGGUUUAUAUGUCCUAACGUGCCCUCACUGUGGGCCCAGUUUCUUGGCUUCCAUUCUCAAGUUCUGCCAUAUCCAAUUCCAUUUGACCCCAGGAUAUUCCUUCUUUCUGAACCUAUUGAUUUUGUACUCAAAUCGAAAAUAAACAUUUUAUUUUGUAUUGCAUUAGAGACAAGACAAGUGACGGCAGAACAUUGGCAUUACUCCCCACUGGAAAAUUUAACUGCCAAACCAAUGAAAUUUACUGUUUCACAGUUCCUUUGCACAAUACCCCAGCACAUUUUACAAAUUUGUGGAGCUCCUGAUUUUCAAACCAGCACUUUGUUUUUGACCCUGUUUAAUGUUUCUGGUGUUUUUUUUUUUUUCUUUUCUUUUUUUUUUUUCAUCCAUGUUUUCUGAUUACAAAACCUUCAAAUGAGCAGAGAUUUUGGAAUGCAAAUUCUACAUCUGUUCGGUGUCAUUCUGCAACGCGACUUUCUGCCAAAUUCCCUAUGUACUGCUAUUUGCAAUUUACAAAUAUACAAAUUUAGCAUAGAGGCAUACAGGCUCUUUGCACUGUAACCCACUUCACUGAGCUGUAGUGGUUGUAAUGCAUGAAGUUCCCAUUUUACAUCCACCUAUAAAGAGCCGUCUCUCGUGAGCUCAUCAAUUCUAUAGUGAACCAAAUAAACAUUCAACUUAAUCUAUCUAACGAAUAACUCAAUAUUUUAUAGGCCAUAUCCAUCAAAUAUAAACAUAUACUUGAGAAUUUGUUUUAUUAUACACUUUGUAUUGUAUUUCAUAUACAUUUUGUAUUAAGUAGCAUAUUUUUGGUAUCAGUUAUCGUAAUCUUUUAUCUUUUAUGCUCUCCAAAAUUACGGAACUUCUAUAACAUGCAAAACGUUUGGCUCUGCUAAACCACUUCUCUUUAUAAGCUUCUGACGUGCACUGAUGACCUUAAAGUUCUGUUCUUACACAGUACUUAGGGUUUCUUUGGUUAAAUAAUUGGACUUUAAUAGGUGUUAUUGUUUCAUCUACACUUCUGAUCAAAAGCAGUUCUUCCCACACCCCCACCCACCCGGUGUGCUUGUUGUGUCCAUUGCUUGUUAGUGAUUGAUGUACUCUAACUAUAACUAUCGCUAUUUACCUUUCAAUUAUGCCUUUAUGAUAUACCCUGGCCCUAAUAUAGUUUUUUGCUUUGUCCAGUAAAUAUCACACAUUUUAUAUUUAAUUACCAAAUGCAGGUGUGAUAGAAUGCAUCCUUCCUGUUCUCAUACUUUAAAUGCUUAAUAUCUCUUUUUGUUCACUAAUUAAUUAUUGCAUGCAUUUGAAUGAAUUAGUUUCAUGGGAAGGAAAGCUAAAAAUGUCUGCUAGGUGCUGUGACUGGGUCACUACAUCCAUUUAUAUUUAGAAAUUAUAAUUUAUAUGAAAUUACAUUUCGUCUUUCCAUUAAAGAAGCAUUCUAGACUGUGCGCUGUAUACAGCAAUGGUCUGCUAUUUAAUCCUAAACUAUUCAGGAGUAAACAGUAGACAAGUUGGAUAGGUGAUCUCAGACCCAAAAACUCUGAUUGCUGUCUGGAAGUAAAGAAAUCCUUCUCACCUCCCCCUGUAAGGAAACUUAAAAUCUUGGCUAAAGUUCUUUGUAUAAAAUAUUUUAGUUGGUUUUACAGGGAUUCUCAUAAAGCUUCAACAUAGUCUGUAGGGCUGUUCAGUUGUUGCCCACUAUGCACAUGGUCUCUAGCACUGUUCACUAUGCUUGAAAAUAGAAUGUAACCAGAUAUUUGUAACUUUAGUCUAUUGAAUCCUUUAGAAGUGGCCUAUUAUUGGAGCAGUUAAGGAACUUGUACACGCCGGGGAAGUUCUGCAAUCUAUGUGGACCAGGCGCAUUAGUCAUUUCCUGGGUGUUCAAAGUACAGAUACCAGAAGUACUCAAAGUGUGUUAAACUUUCUGUACCCUUUCGAUCUUGCUCCACUCAGCUGAAAUCCCCAUUCUUUUGCAACUAUCCCCCCACCCCCGGGUGCUCGUUGGUAAAUUUGUCUAAUUUGAAUUUUUUUAUUUUUUUUUUAAUAGUACACAGGUUUUUUUUUUUUUAUCUUUAAAAUGAAAAAUAAAUUGUUAACACUUAUUGUGUGUCAUUUGUGUAUCAUUUAUUUGUUUAUAUAUUUACAUUCGAAUUUUUAUAUUUGUUUUAUGCAUGAUCUAUUGAGAUGGUAGAUGGUUUCCAUUGUGACAUUGUAAAUAAAGUUUCACUCUUAAUUCAUGCCCCAACCCGAUCAGCCAAUGCCCCAAUCCGAUGCCAUUUUAAUCAGAUCUAUUUUGUGAAACCCAAAGCUUGGGUUAUGUAUGUUUCUAUGCAAGACCCAUGAAGUCUCUGUUUCGUUCCUUCUUUCACCUACAGUAAAGGAUAAAGUUGAAAAGUUCACCACCCUGAGUUUAUGUUUUGUUUUUGGUUUUAUUAUCCCCAUUUGUGUUUUAGAGGUGACCCGUCCUUAGGCCAUCAGACAGGUCAGCAGUUGUUAUCGGUUUUACAGCACUGUCUGUCUAAAGGACAAGUCAUCACCAUUCAUUUAUUUAUUUUACAACCAAUCCUUUUCAAGGAUCCCAUAAAAUACUUUUCUCCAAUCAACAAAUAAGCCCAGACAGGACUACAAAGAGAGCCGGGCUCUGGGCUGCAUACAUCAUUGUGAUGUUUCUGACCCUUUCGCCUUGGUUUGCACAUGUGUAUCAGUGUCUGGGGUUAAUACACAAAGCAAUAUUUUUUGGGGGGGAGGGGGGGGACCUCUGUUUAGGUUUAUCCUACAGAAUGGUGUGUGUGUAAAGAUAACUUCGUACCUUCCUCAGAAACUGACAACUUGGUCAGGGUUUACUCUAUGUUAGAAUUCUACGAAAUGAGUGUGAUAGGGGUUUUAUCAUAACAGUAGCAGUAGAGCAUUAAAAGACUAAGUUUUGAAUUGUGUGUAUUUUUUGUCAGAGAUUUAUAGUACAUUUCCUGUGAGGAUAGAAUGGUAGCCAAUUUCCUCAUGACUAGUAGUUAAAUGCCUUUGACUAGUGAAAAUCAGUGAUCUAUAUCUGUCUGUCUGACUCUUUAAAUAAGUCUGAGUGUGACUGAGUAGGAAAGAAUGUUCACAGAAUCCAUUGAGAGAGAAUUGGUCUAUAAACUACACACAGUCUAGUAGUUCAUUUCAAGAUGAUUACAUGUUCUAACAAAACCUUUUUUUUUUCUUCUUUUCUUUCAUAUUUCCCAUUGGUCCUCCGCUGGAUGUGGGUGAACAGGUAAGACUAGCUUUUGUCUGUCACACACCUGCACACACAUACAUCCACUCCGAAUAUUUAACCCCCUCCCGUUCACUGCAGAAUGCAAGUUAUUGUUCCAAACAGCUCAAAAAUAAUCUUUUUUCUUAGAAUUUGAAAAACAAAAAAAAAAUUAAAUAAUGUGGCUGUGCAGCAUUUCUAAGUCCUUUAACCCUCGCCAGAUAAUCUCUUUGAGCGCAUCCACCAUGUGCUUUGAUGGUAAUAGCCGUGUACAAUCUAACAUAAGGCACGUCUCUGAAAAACAUUACAAAGGAAAAGUAGUGGAAAGCUAAAAAUACCUAAUAAUAAAAAAAUAAAAAAAAAAACCCCAACAAAUACUUGACAUCUGUUCACCACCAUUCCUACUCUGAGAUCUUGUGGGAGCGAACACAAUUAUUUGGUAUUUUUCUCUGUGGAAGGAAGUACAUACUGUAAUAAUUACAGCAUUUCCAUUCCCGAGUGCUAGUAAAACGCCAUAUAAAAGAUCAUAGAUAAAAAUGUUUGGAUAUAUAUGAGAGGAAAACUAGCUUUGAGGAGAUCCUUCUGACGUGGUAACAGAGAGCUCAGUGCAUUACCUGUGAACCCCUAAAGUUCACGCAGUUCAGCAGUCGUUAGUAGUUUCAGUCAUAAAAAAAGUAAUGAAACUGCCCAACAAGUUAAUAUCCAACUUAAAAACAUUGUUUACAGCUCACCUGAGUGUGGUUGCUCUAUAGGCUUUUGUAGAAAGCAAGCCCAUACACGCCAGAAACCAGUUUAAAAAUUGUAUUGUUGAUCAGAUGGUCGUCCGAAGGGUUUGAAGAGUAUUUACUAAACCCUAUACGGCAUGUAAAAGGUUAAGACAAGGGAAAGAUUAAACAGCUAAUACCUACCUUCUGACAAGGUGGGAGUUGUGCCGAGAUAUAUAACCUUUUAUGAAUAACUGGAGACUAUGUCAACUAUGUUGACAUGCCUGUUGUUUGAAAGAGUUGUAAGCUUGAGUUAUAGGAAUGCAAAAAGUACAGUGCUGACUAAAUAUUGAAUUAACCUUACAUACUUUUUGUGGUUAGGCUCAGAGUAGAAAGAUGGGGCCAUGCAGUCAUCCUGUUCUACAAAGAGAGGUGUUAAGGCGCCUCUUUGGCAGAAAAAGCAAGCUACAAUUCAAAUGUCUGUCUCUAGCAUCACCUACACAGCAUGUUUCUGUACAAAUUAUUGUGGAUGUAUCAGUUUUUGCUUUUACUGUAUUUAUUAUGGUGAAAUGACUGUAAUUUGCCCGUCUGUGUCACUACUUACAACAGCAGAAGUUAUCGACCUUUGACAGGUGUAGAAAUGCCAAUGUGGUCUGUAUGUGUCUAUUUUGAUGAACCAAAUUUGAAGGCUGAAACCGAAUUGCAUCUCACAAUGAUUAGGGUUGCGCUUUCUGUUGUUAAGAAGAAAUCGAGAUAUCGGUUAAGUGCCACAAAGUUGCGCCAACUCUCAGCGAAGUUUAUUGCAAAUGUUUUCGUUUGCGUAUCUUUGUGUGUUGAGCGGACAUUUGUUUAGAUUAGGGUGUACGGUACCUCCUGUAUGGAAGGAGGUUUUCUGUGAAGAGGUCAUCCGCUGUGUUUUUCUGUGCUUUAGGAGUGAAGUGUAUCUUUUGGUCAAGUUCAUGUGUUGUCUUUCCUGUGAGCUGUCAUAAUGAAUCCAGAAUGUACAGACAUCUGCACUGUGCUGCGUCCUGUUCUGUCUGCACCUUCUGCAAAUAUUUCCUGUGUUGCAGAACUUCCCAAUUUUGCUGGAUUUUGCCCCUUUCCAAACACUGUUUCUUUCAUCAAAUGAUUCAUAUUAAAAAGAAAAGUCUCCUCAGAAUGAGAAAUGUGGGACAGAUACAUUGGAUAACCUCCGAGAGCUGCCAUGACAACCAAACUUUCCAACCAGAUGGUUCCAAAAUGACACAAUGGUGAAGGAACGCUGGGGUCUAGUGGGAUAUAAAAUGGCUUCAUAUGUUAGCUUCAGGCAGCAUAGGUCACUCUGCAGUGGCCAAUCAGACGCCAGUGAAAUUUUUUUUCAUAUGAAAAAUGUAACUUACAUUAGCUCAGUUUUUAUAUAUUUUUUUCGAUCUUUCUUCCCCUCCCCUUCCAGUUGUCCUGUAAAGCUUGUCUCAUAGAUGAUGUUGCCUGGAUGUUAGUUCACCACCUUUGUUGCUAACAGUCGUCGUAGCUAUACAACUCUGUUUGCUUUUCUCUGAUUAGGUAUUCCAUGCUUGUAAACCUGCAUUUAAAAUGCCUCUGUUUGCUCAAGGUUUAAAAGUGUCCUGGUUUUGCCUCAGCGUUUAACCAGCGAUAUCCCUGAGCGGUUAAACCAUCAAGUUAAUCAUUUGGUAUCUUAAGCCUCUGACAUGAUAUAAACAAAGUCUUUUAUAGGUACAUUCUUGCCAGAUCUCAUAGUAUAUGUUACAGUAGUACCGUAACAUUCUUUCACGUUUAACCCCUGCUUAGCCCAGUAUCAAGACAUCUAUCUCACUUGAUUUGAUUAAGUUAAAACUUGAAUUCGGGGCCUUGUGGACUCAUCCUUGUAUUUUGUAAAAUAAGCAUCUCUCACAAGCCUUGUUGCUAAUUCUUGUACUUUUCAACCCUUUGAUUUAUCAGUAAAAGCCUUAAUUAUAGCUAUAAAACCCGAUGUCCCAUGCUCCCCUGACAGUGAACAAGUCAGAGAGCAUGUAGAGGGCAAAGGUUAGAGGUCAGUUUUAUUCAUUGAGGUUAAACAGAAAAAACGCAGACAGGCAAACAUCUGAGGUAGAUUGAAGCUAAAACUGCAAUUGUGCCUUUUGUUUGCAGUAAUCAGAACGCUUAGCCUCUAUGUUUCUCUAAACAUACAUUUACUGCAAACUUAUUGUUAUUAUUUUGAUAUAUAGUUAUGUCUCUUAAUAGUACUGCAGUAGUUCACAUGGUGCUGGUACUUUUAUUAUGUGGAAAAUUUUAUGUUUUGUUUUUGUGAAAAAAAACUUGGCUUUAUAAAAAUACAAAAAUAAAAAUAAUGGAAAGAUAUGGGUACUGAGAUAGCCAAAGAUAUUAAGAUGGACAACAAAGAUUGCGAUGAGAGGCCUAGGAGAAAACUACCCAGCAUGCAAAUUGGAUACAUAUACAUUAAACUUUAUUUUUAAAAAUUUGUUUUCUAAAAAUGCAGAAAUCUUUUGGCGUAGUCAGUACUGCCCACCCACUUUCAUUUCAUAUUUAUAUACCAUCUCUAGGUAAAAGAAACAAACAGAAAAAUAAAAAAAUCUUGUGGUUCUUUGCAUAUCUUAUUUCCACAGCAUUCAGAAAAAGGUUGUUUUUUUUUUUAAAUGGAUUUUCAGUGUCUCUACAUUCACUUAUUCUCUCCUCAUCCCUCUACAUUCUCCUCUGUUUCAGUCAUUGUCCUUUGCUCUGAAUGGAGAUUGAUCUGUAAAAUCAACCCUUAAAACCAAAACUUUAUUUUCUUGUAUCGGAAGGUGAAAGUGUAGAUAUGUUGCAAGAUACAUGUCAUUCUUCAUUUUCAGUUUUUAUCAAGACUGCCAGCAUCAUAGUAGGUAGCGAAUAAACUGGACACCACAAGCGGCAGGAAAUAUUCCUUAUAAUCCGUAGCCAUCUGGUCACCUGGCUUUUGCAAUUAUAUGUCACUCACCAAAAGCAGGUCACUUUUUUCUUUCUUUUUAUUACAAUGAGAAUUUUGAAUUGAAUACUUUUAGUGCAAUCAUAGAGAGGCAGACCUUUUAAAUUAAAAAAUCAUAACAUUUUUAGUGGGAACAUUUAAAAUUAUAUUUUGAGCCUGGUAGGGAUUCGGUAACAGAAUUCUGUGAUAUUACAAUUUCCCCUAAUUCUCCAAUCCCAUCCGCCCUCUUUAUCAUUCUUUUUAUAAAUAAGUAGCGCAGUUUGAUCGAUCACUAUUUGUAUUAGAACAAUAGGUUACUUUUAUUCCCCACUUCCUUCUGUGGUUUCGCGAGAUUAUUCUUGAUCCCAGGAGGUCUGGGUGCCUUGGAAAUGUUACAGAGGGAAUUGUUUAUGAAUGUAAAACACAUCUGUGAUGUCCCAAUUUGUGUGCCUGCAUUUUGAAACAAGAAUUCUAAUGUUGCGUUUUCAAAAGCAUAUUUCCCCUCUGCUGGCAUCUAUCCUGUUUAAGAUGAUGUAUGUCUGUUGCCUACAAUUUUGCUGCAGUGGUAGUUACAAGAAUUAGGUUUGCCAAAAGUUAUCCCAACCAACAGAUCCUAUAUCCAGCUCUCUAAUUGGUCUCGAUAAGAUAAUCCAGGCCAACAUUCCGUCCUGUUUUGAGACACCAUGUGGCAGGGAGAAGAUCUGUCUUGCGACCUAGGGCCCCAAAAAUGCUGUCUCAGGCUUGACUGCAGUAUUGUGAUGAUUCAUUGAGAUUAGGGGCCCUUUAAUACUAUGACGGGCACUGUUGGUGGCUAUCUUUCUUGAGGAAGUGUGAUUCAUAGUGAGCUCCGGAUCCUCGUGAUACAAUGUCUCUUCAACUGCUUUUUUACCUUUUAAGUCAGCUGUCGGUUAACCUGUUGCAAUAAUGUUAAAUAGACUCAGACACCUGGUUUGCCCAGCUCCCCAACUGUGAUCAGUGUUCCGUAAUCUACCAGGAAUUUUAUAUCUGCAUCUUUAGGAGUUCUGAUCCCAGCCUUGACCAAUUUAUCACAGAACAUAACGAAACAUAUAUUGUAGUUUGUAGCAGUCUUAUUUGUCUACCAAUGCAGAUGCCAAACUAAACAUCGAUUGCUUAGAAUACAAACAAUAAGUAUAUAAUAAAGUGUGUGCAUAUGUAGAUUUUUUUUCUGUCCUGAAUUUGUACAUAUUAAAAAAAAAAAAAAAAAAAGUUAAUUCUUUUUACCAAACUCCCAUAGAGUCUUAGCCCUAUAGAACUGGGUCAUAUGUGUGCGUUGCAUUACCAGUUUUAGCAGCCUACUACAUAUUUAAAAUGAAUAAAAAAAAAAAAGGCUCUGUACCGUCAGGAAGCUGAGCUGUGCUACAGCUUUAAAUGAUUCUACUGCAUGCGUCAGCUGCAGGCGGCAGACAGUUCUGGCAGACUGUGGGGAGAGAGGAGGAGAGGGAGGAGGCGUGAAGAGGUGGUGGGGAGCAGGAAGAGGAAGGAGGGGGCACAGAGGACAGAACAGCCACAGUCUGGGCUUCCAGCCUCCUGGCUAGACUGCAGAAACUUAUAAUUGAGUUCCUGAGCUGUUCCUCCCCUCCCUGCAGCUCAGCUGAAUAACACCCUGGCUUUCAGCCAUGCCCUUUCCCUGUGACCUUGCCUGCAAAUAGCAAACAGGAAUUUUUACAGGCAAUGUGCACUUGGGUAAGAAAAAAUAAAUAAAUAAAAAAAAUAAAACCUUUUUAGAAGGUGGCCUAAAUGACAGGAGAACGCAACUUGGUUUUAAAUUGGAAAGUAAAAAAGAAACAUUGCUUAAUAACUUCCAGUGUAUUUAUCCUUUUUUUUCUCUCUCUCUCUCUCUCUCCUACGUUUAUUUCUCUUGCGGUGACUGUUCUCGGCAUGUUACAGUCUAAUUUUCGGUAUGUGGCACGCCGACAUGCAUAGUGACAUUGUACUGCAGACCAUCCUCAUUAUGUAUAAAAGUAGAAAUGCAAAUAUCGGACGGCCAAACCGUUUUUCUGCUUCUGUUCUCCACUGUAAAUGUAUAUGGCAAUAACAAAAUAACAUCUAAAAUGUAUUCGCUGCUUUUGUUUUCAUUCCUAUUCUCCAUUCAUGUUGUUUUUUUAAUUUAUUUUUUUGCCGUUUCGUGUCCAGGCCCUUUCACUCAUCUCAUAAAGAUGAAUGAUAGAAAUCAAUGUGCAUUAUUCUCCAUCGAUUCAAAUUUAGCGUUGCCUGUACCACUGCUAUUCUCAUAUACUUUUUCCCCACUAUUAAAAAUUAACCCAACUCCUAAUUUGAUCUCUGCAAUGCAGUAGAACUUCCCGUCUUGAGGGAUACCGAGGAAAGAGUGGUACAUUAUUGUAAAUGCUUGGUUUGGUAGGAUUAAAUUACUGUUUAAAUGUCCUGACUCUCUUUGCUAAUAUUCCAACGUUUAAAUAUGUUAACUCAGGUUUGCAAUUUUGGUUCCGCACGUGGUCAUACCAGCCCUUCAGCUUUCCCAUGUCAAUAAAGUGAGUGCCAUUGAGUUAGUAAAACACUGUAUUAUAUAUAGCCAAUCUCCUGUAUGCUGUUAACUAUAGAUAUUGAUAACACAAUCCUAAACCACAUCCGCGGUUUUAAAUUGGCAUAAUGCGGGCUGGAAAGAUGCCUGUGACUCACAAGGGCAAGCCAUUUUUUUUGUGUGUGAAUGCUACUCUCAGAAGACUCGAAUUUCUUGUCUGCCUACUCCGUGAAAAUUGACUCUCACACGGGCUGCAGGGCAUUCUUUAAACAACAACAACCUUCGUCUGUAGUGAAAGGUAAAUAUUGUACGCGCAAGACACGUACUACGGAAAGAAAAGUUUGGAGUUGUUAUGGAGAGGACAUUAAAUUUUUUUUAAUUCAGUCAAUACAGGAUAUGCCUGAGAAUUAAUUGUUUCCCAACCGUUGUGGAUCGUGGCCCACUAUUGAGAAGAUAUCUUUUUCACUGUUAAGAAAAAGGCUUCUUCCAGCAAUCUACUGCAGUAUCUCCUUCCAUGCCAGCUUUCUGUCCUUAUCGAGAUGCACAGUUAUUAAUGCAGUGCUAAUGCUAUUACGGUUUUCAGCAAAGAGAUACAUUGCUCAAUUUUGAGAAGCGCGGUUCAAAGCAAAUGGAACCCUGAUGCUGCCAAAGGCAUACACUAUGUUAUUUUUCAUGCAUUCCGUAUAAAACCACUUGGGCGCCAGUAAAUUGUGCAACCUUUUGCAAAGUGUUUCCCAACCUACUGGCACCCAACAGGUCAUUGUUACAGUAUCUCGAACAUUUGCGUUUCACCCCCCCUUCCCCCCUUUGUAUAAUUUAAUGAGAGCAGCUCUAUAGCUGUGGGAUUCCUGACAUUUGCGCUAGAGCUGAGCAGAGCAAUGUUCCUUGUCUCUGAACAUAUGGCAUCCCAGCACCUGUUUUAAAAGCACAGUGAAGGCUCAGUGCAUGACUGACUGGUGAUCAGCAGAAGAGGAAGUUUUAAAUCCAUUUCCCUUGAUCCCACCUGACUAACAACCUGCUCGGCUACUAAAAUUGGCUAACACAGCAAGCUCCCCUGGUGGGGCAAAGAGUUGGGCAGAAUUCCUUUGCAUACUGAAGGAAGGCAAUACAUAGUGUGCAUUAUAAAGGCUCAUUGUAUAGAAUAUAGAAUGGAUCAAAUCUAAAAUAAACGUAUCUCAAUGCAAAUUUGGGAUUUGAACAUUGAAACACACGUCAAAAAAUUCAGACAAUCUAAUAAGGUUUAGGUGUCUAAUUCAUCUUUUUUUUGUCCCAAAAAAUUAAAUUACUUUAUUAGUUAUGUACAAUUCACAGUUUUAUGAAUAAAUCUAAAAAAAAUCUGCUUCUAUCACAAUAUUUGUUUCAAUUUAAUUUUAUUUGUUCCACAUGCGAAAUGUGAAAGAAUGUGCAAAAUGACUCGACUACAUGUCCUCCUUCCUUCCUACCUCCCAAAACCAACAUCAACAAAAAUAGAUUACAUUGUUCACUGCAGAAAAGAAUGUGUUAAUCAGCGCGCUCUUUGAUGUUAAUCAGAGGCCAUAGUUAGUUUCUGUAUCAGAUAAAAUAAAUACUUACUGUUCUCAGUACCCUGAGAGAAAAUCAUUGCUCGGAAUGAAUUGUCUCACAGUAUGACAUGAACCAGUAAAUUGUGUUCAAAUCAGGUUGCAUUAAGCCAUUCCUAUACUUCUUGCCAAGUGCAUAUUAGUGUCGCCCCUUCGAGAACUGUGGACAUUUACAGAUAACGACAAAUUAAUUCCCUCAAAGGAAUAUACUGGUCUAAGCAGAGGUGUCAAUACCAAUUUAGCAGAGGAGCUUAAUCAAUACAAGAUCUGGAUACUCUCACACCGCCUCCCGUAAAGUGCAUCCCUUUUAUAUAAAAAUAGUGAAAUAUUCUUUAUUUUAAAACGUCCUUUCCGCUGCUGAAUAAAGAAAGCUCUGACUCCCCCAUGGGAAGAUGAAUAAUUGCAUGUGGACUUAUCCGGUCAGAAUGUCAUUUUUUUCGUAAAUGGGAAUUGAAGGAUUUUUUUUUUUUUGUAGACCAUUAGCCUUACUUUAGUCGUUCUGAUCCUAGUAACCCCUGCAAAUGUACUUUAUUUAGAUCCUAGAGAUAUAUUGCAUGGCUCCACUGUGGGCUGUUAAUUAUAUUAUUAUUGGACCGAUAUGGUCUGGGCGAUGGACGUCUGUUAGUGUUGUUUGUAUUUUGAAUGAAUAGGAGGAUACAUUUGACUGUAGUCAUUUUACAAAGAAUCCUUUCAUGGCUUCCUGUGUACCAAAUCACCCCUAAUAUAAAAUACUCUGCUCAAAAUCUGUUAAUUUUUUAAACUAACUUUGUCUAAAAAAAAAACUGGGUGUAUGUAGUGUGGGUUCCCAUUUUUGUUAACAAUAGUUGGGGUGGGGGAGGGGAGAGGGCUAAUCAUGUCUCUUUAACGUUUUGUCAUUUGUUUUUUGGAAAUAAGUGCUUGAAAUCAAUGGCAAUUACAAUUGCACCCCUGUAAUCAUUUAAUUUAGCUGUCAUUUAGUUUUUAAAUUUUACAGAGAGGUAUUUGCUGUUCUGCUGCCUUGCAAGUUUUUCAAAUGGAAUCAUGUAAAUACGGUCUACAAUGAAAAGAGAAAUGUUUUCAGUUAGCGGGGUAUGCUUUUGUACCGCAGGAAUUUGUUUAGUCUUCCUUGUCACAAAAAAUGUUUGAUUAUGUCUUCCCAAACUACAUUUUUUUUUUAUUAUUAUCUUUUGAGCUUCAACAUGUUAUGCAGCGCUAUAUCAUCUGAGCAUAAGGACACAGUACAAACCUUAUUAAAGGGUGACACAGUCUAGUGUAGUGGACCAUUUUUACUUAUUCUAAGUCUAGUAUGGAGGCUGUUGAGGGCUUGCGUUAUGUAGGAGUUAAUUAAGUUACACAGUGCUCUGUAGCAAAAUAAAAACGUAAAGGGCAUUACCGGAAGUGCUGAAAAGCAUUUUUGAUGAUUAUGUAUGGCAUUAUGGUAUACCAGGAGAUUUUACACUAGGCUAUAAUUUUGCAGCCUUAGAUAUGACAUUGCAUCAAUAUGAAAAUCAUAAAAAAAAAAAAAUGUUAAAAAGUGCCCCAAACUAAUAGCUAACCUUUGGUUACUAAGUUGUGCGAAAACCAUAGUAGACACUCUUGAGUUAUAAAGUUCCCAGUGGCUGUUGAAGCUGGCAGGCAAUAUUUUCAUUAGUUUAGCAAGAAAUGUGUCCAGUGAUGUCAUCUCAGUAACACCACCCAGAAUCUGGUUUGACGCACUAUCAGGUAAUGAUUACCCUUCGCUCAUCUUACAAGUGAGUACAAGAGUAGCAGGCGAACGGCAAUUGUUUAACUCUUAAUGAAUGACCCCACGACCCUUUGCAAGCUGUACAAUGCCUGAUGUUGAUACUUUAAAUUCCAAAUUUAAAGUUGCAACUUAUAUAUACCGGUUAGUUAUAUAGUUACAGCGCACAAAAAGCAAGCCGGAAAAACAUUGAAAUACACAAAAAAAAUCUUUCGAAAGAUAGAAAUGUCCUGAAAUAUUAGGUUUUUACAACUCAAAUAAUUACAAUAUUAUUUAUUCUUCAAUUUUUUUUCAAGUAGUAUCUAUAGCGCUUUUGUAUUUAAAUUAUUUUAGUGGGUUUUAAAAUGCCUUAAGUACCGUUUAGCCUAUUGUGUGAAUACACUCUGACUUGUUACUUGUCCCUGUUUUGCAGUUUGGGGCCCCUCGCAGUAAUUUUGGUGCUGGGCCAAGCUUCCUCUUCUAUCUCUUUGCUUGCUCUCUCCCUCCCUUUUUGGUUGCCAAGAAUGUGGAAAAAUAUAAUAAUAAAAAAAAAGAAACACAGGAAAUGCCUCUUCUUUCUCUCUAAUGACAUCCCCAGCUGCAUUCGGAUGGGAGAACUGGAUGUGAAUUUCCAGCCUAUUGGUGGAAAGCUGCUUAGUUGCCAAAUCAGACUGGUCCAUCUGAACUUUGGAGCUCUGUCUCUAUAAAUUUGGCCAUUAUAGAAUGUUAUGUUGAAGAAAAGUGACAUCAGAUUUUUCUUUUUUCUUUCCGUGUUCCUAUUUUUCAACUCAUACCAGAAUUUCUGCUCACUCGCUGAUUGGUAUCUGAUAGAAAUCACUAUUUUUGUGUUCGUCCUUUAGUAAUCCCAAUGCUUGUCUUACAGGGCAAGAAAGGGAGACAGGAGAAAAGACUGUUUCCCUAUGUGAGAGUUCAGAUCUUGCAGGGUUAUUGUCACGACUUACCUCCGCUCUCUCUGCUCCCUCGCUGCUCCCUCGCUGCUCUUGCUGUAAUCGCCACAGCAUGCAAGAACACGUGCAUGCAUGAAUGCAGGAGGCGGACCCAGCCCCUAAACUCUGAUCGCGUCACGUCUCUCAGGCAACAAUAGAAGCAUGGGAGACCAGCACGAUUGUACCCCACCACAGGACAGCGCGGCUGUAACACAAUUAGUGAUUGCAAGCUCCUAUGGCAACCCCAAGUAAAUGACAGCCACAUACACCAAUAGGGUGUUAUGGAGGCUGUCAAGUAGGUGCACCUUUUGUCUGCAACCCAAUUAAGCCUAGAACAGCUAAGCUUUCAUUGCUCAGUUGUUCUGUGCUACUUACCUGUUAUUACCUGUGUUCCUGUUUUACCUGACCUUGGACUGCCUCACCGUUGCUGAACCUUUGCUUUCUGGAUCAUUGGAUUGACUGACCUUGCCUCUGCCUAGCCUUUGCCUCUGACUUUUAUUUAUUAUUUUCUCUCUGCCAGUACAAGUUCUGCAUUUUGAAUUUCACACAUUUGCUAAAGUGGGAAUUUAAAGUGAAUUCAAUGUAAAUUUCACACUAAAAGAGACACUAUAGGCACCCAGACCACUUCAUUUCGUUGUAGUGGUCUGGAUGCAGUGCCCCUGUCCCCUUAACCCUAAAACGUAAAACACUGCAGUUUUAGAGAAACUGCAGGGUUAAAACAAUCGCUAGUGAUUUUCUGGAAGACAGUGUUUCUAAAGUUCUAAUAAAAAGGCUUCAAAGGCCAUCGGUUGACAGACUUUAAUUCCAAUGAUCCACUCAAGGUCUGGCCAUUCACAAACAUCUGUAGAACUUUAAGAUGCCUGUGGAGAAUCUUCUGAACGGCUAGAGACCUGGCUAUUGAAUAAUUGGCUAACUAAGUUAAUAUUAGUUUUAAUUAUUUAGUUUAAGUUCUUAAUCUUUUAGUUAUUCGUUUGUAAGCUGGAAUUGUUCUGUUGAGCAUGAAAAACGUGUCUUACUGAGAAAGCUGCCGUCAUAGUAUUUAAGGAAAAGAAAAUAGAUGGACAAUGAUAAUUCAGUCUGGAAUUUAGCCUUUUUUUUGUACGUAAGCUCCAGACAAAACAUACCAGUGAAGGAAAGAACACAGACGUUUGUUUAUGACUUGCAGCAGCAGUUUAAUGGACUUAAAUCAAGAAUGUACGAUGGGAAUGGGCCACAGCACAAGACAGAGGAUUUAUGCAAGAUUUUAGUAGUUUACCUUUUUUAUGUUAAAGGAGCCUUAACACACAAUUCACACAGUGUGGCGUGGUAUUUACUCCAAAGUACAUUUUGUGAUUACAGCUCCCACAGGAGACCCUUGGACUUACAAAAAAAAUGAUGAGCCAUGAAUUCUAAAUGUGAUCUAUACGAAAUACUCUGUUUUUAAGUAACAUAAUCAAUAUAUUGGCUAAUAUUUGGAUUGAAGCAUGGUAGAUGUGUGUAGUAGGUUUUCACUGCAUGUGAUUUGAGGAAGUACAUGUCGAAGCACCAGGAAUAUCCGUAACACCCUUCUAAGAGGGCUAUUUACUAAAUUGGGGGUUUAAAGUGAAUUUCAAAUUUAAGGCCAGAGUAGUCAAACUAAAAGCAUUGCUGAUUUUUCCCAAUUUGGCUAUUUUGACCUAGACUUUGGAAUUCACUUUAAAUUCUCACUCUAGUGAAUAAGCCUGUAAAUGUUUCUUUAAGUCAUAUUGACCUUUAAAUGCGAAGUCAACCGCAAGAUAAACCAACUGGUUAUCAGUCGUCAUAAAUUUUUUUACCGUAUAGUUUUGCAAUGUAUGGGUUAGUUUGCAUGGCCUUGUAAGCAGACAUUUCCACUAAAGUUCAAUCUAUGGAAAGAUACAUCAGUAUUUUUGAGCGCUGUCUGUUCCACUGGCUGCCGGUUGAACAAUACCGCCAAGGGUCCAUCAGAGCUUUUCAAAGUUGGAUUCUUCCCCCCCCCCUCUGUAUAUCAUUUCAAGACUAAAGCACUGACCAAGCAUUGUGGCAUCCCAUAUCUUGGCGUCUUAGCAUCCCACUUUUUAUUUUGCUACCCAACCACAACUUCUAACAGCUGGGCAGCGUUCCUAUUAAAACAUCAAACAACUACCCUGAUUUUUAUGGGCUACUGUCUCCUUACGAGCCGGCGCUUUUAAAACCGUCAUUAUCUUUUAGGGCCGAACGAUGUGCAAGUCGGAACAUACAUGUUAGCUUUACAAACAACAAAACACAAAAGUUUCACAUUCGCUUAGGUGGACCUUGGAAGCUUUGAGUAUAUUUGAUAUACAACCUCUUUUGAAAUGUGUAUUGUAAAACCCAAUAGCAGUUAUUGAAACGGCUGGCAUUGGACAUUUUAACUACUUCAUUGCUGGAGCACGCGGUAAAGCAUUUAAUCGUGCUCAGGAUCAAUAAGAAUAAAUUAUCAUCUGUGCUAGUUGACCUCUGUCCUCUGCUGUGCUAAGGUGUUCCUCAACAAUAUAAAGUCCUUUGUGGCUUGAUAGAAGAUUUCUCUAGUGUUAAAUGGAAAAUAAUCAAAGAAUUUCAGACCUGUGGGCUAUGUUUUAAUCUGGGAUCUUUGUUUUUAUUCCCUCUUCCAUCUUCUGUUCUAAAAGUCAUCAAUAUGUGCAUCGUGGUUUCUUUGAUUCACGUCUGACACGAUUUUCUUCUGUGUGCACGAUUGACACUAUUCUCAUUACCCUCAGCCGGUUUCCUUGAUUGAUGGAAGUUGUAAUGCAAGUUGAUUGAAAGAGACUGCUUGUCCCUGUUGUGUGUGUGUUCAUAUCCAAUGUUUUGUGCAUUCUGACAUGAUCUGUAUAUAAUUCUGAUACCAUGUCAGCAUUCAAAAAUGUUGUUUUUUAUAUUCAGUUUGAAACAAAAUAUGCCUAAUUUGUAUUUUUGGAAUUAUGCCCUGCUUUCUGAUAUGACAUGUGACAAUUUGGGGCAAACGAUUAUUUUCCACUUUUUUUUUUCUCUGCUUUUGGAUUUUUUUUUGGAGGGGAGGGGUGAAGGUUAUAAAAGAGUUCUGGAUUUAGGGGAUAGUGGAGAGAAGACUGCCUUAUGCAGUAGCUAAAUGGGAAUUGAACACUUUUUUUGGUAUUAAUUUUCUAAAAUUGAAAGAUCAUAUCAUUUGUAGAGUUAGUUGGCUAAAGAACAUUUCAUUUUGUUUUUUUUUUUUUUGUUUUUUUCAAAACCAUUUUUGUUACCUUUUAUAUUUUUAAUUUUUUUUCGGUUAGGGAGUCAUCUCUUCCAUGCAGUUUAGUGGAGUGAAAGGCAAGUUUGUGGCCGAAAUGGAAGCAGCUACUUGUAGUUUUGAAAAUAGAGCUUGCUGACUCCUAUAGAGUUCUCAUGCGCAUUCAUCUGUCACUAUUAGAGAAACACUGAGGUUCUAAUGAAAUGGGGCAGAGGCUAGGGAACAGAAUGUUCAUUUAAUAGAAAAGAAAGGAAUUAAUUGGAGAAUACCUCUGCAGGUCACGUGCGCUGGCACAUGCACUUGGUCUUGGGCGGUUUUGCUGGGCCAGCUCCGUGAUGUUUUUUUCUUAAGAUGAAGUUGUCUCAGACUCCCUGUUAUGUCGGUUUCUAUGGAGAGUGAAAAAGAAACACACAGCGCCUGCCAAACCUGGGAGGGUACAAGGAAAAAAAAAAAAGAGAAAAAGUACAUGAAAGCUGUAAGGAGCAAGGAAUCUAAUAGGAAGGUGCUAGGUCUUGGCCCAGCAUUUUGUCCUUGCUCUUGUCUGAUUUUCAAGUGCUAACGUGGGUGCUUCCUGGGAUUUGAUUGAGUACUAGGUAUUAGAGCAGGUUUUCUGUAAAAUCCCUGGAGGAUCCUUCAGUCCAAAUACAACUUGUACUUUAACUCUUAACAUUAGCACUGUAUAUGUGUGCUGACAGAUCAUCAUCUUCCAAACUCUUUUAUUUUUCUUACCCAUUUUCUACAUAGUUCUACAAUAGGCAGCUUAUCCCAAAUAUACCCUCUAGGUUAAGUGUUAUGGAAUUUGCUACAAUGUUGCUGCAUGUCAUUGUUCUGUACUAGGAAACAGAAGAAUCAUUGAAUCAACAGAAAAUAAUCAGACAGGCAUGCGUUCAUUCCAUGCUUUGGAGAAUUCCCAUCUGCCCCCUUUUCCAAUAUGAUAAAUGCAUGUUUUCUUUAUUGUCGAGCACCCAUUUAUUGUGUUUGAGCACCAACUGGUUUACACAUGGGUUACCAAUAACCAUCAUUUCAAAGGGUUAGGCUAAGUCAAUGAGAUUACAAUGUAACCCUGAUGAGUGUGCCAAGGCUUCACCAGUGGCAGGUAACUUUUAGGUCCUUGAUAAUAGCAAAGGACUUGAAAUGUACCACUAUUUACUACUACUCUUGUAUUUGUUGUAACGGUGCACUUAAUUCUUUCACUAAACAAUCUUGCUCGCUCCUCCCUCUACCAAGUAUGACUUUAAGUUAUACAAUAUGUAAAGUAGCUCACCGUUUAGUAAAUAUAGCCAUGCAGUUAUUAGCUACAUUGACCUAUUUAAUUUACGUUUUGAAUAAUUUGGAUGAAGUACACUGCAUAUUUCUCCCAUGUUCUCUGACAGUUUAUGAAAUAUGACUCAGGGCUGGACUCAAAUGUAGAAUUUAUUUUUUACGUAAACCAGUGUGCGCCUUUUCUGCUUUUUAAAAAUAAUAAUAAUAAUAAUUUGGCUUAGGAUACACUUUGUUCCUGUUUCAGAUGUUGAAUUUUAAAGAUAUCCAUCUGCACUUGUUUUUAUGUUACACACUCUCUCCAUUAAGCCAUGUUUUAUUCCUGAGCUCACGUAAUUUUGCGCCAGAGCCUUUAGCAUGUUGUUAAAUAUGUUAUUCAAGGAUAUUCGCAUCAGAACAUGAAUGUGUUUUCCUUAGAACACAGUCCAAAAUAUACCCUCCACCUCUUUUAGAAAGGCCGUGGCUUGGAUAGUUCCUUCUUAUUAAAUGAUGCCUCAUUCCCUCUAGAAUAUUUCCGUGACGUGGGCUACAGAGAACUUUUUUCUUCUUCUCCUUCUUCUUCAAAGAUGAGAGGAUUUAUUUUGGCCUUAAAGUGGUGGUGGAUUAGCAGCAAACUCAAGAUUCAAUAUUAACUCUGGUCUUAAGGCCAAAUUCUCUUGCAGUCCCAAAUAUACAUCAUUGUUAUUAUCUAGAACGCCCACACUUGCAGACAUCCAUAAUUCCUAUGCGCAUGCUUGAUCAUCUAGUAACCUAAUACGUAAUUGACCCCAGAGAAUGUUGCACAAAGCUGUGAAUAUGGAAUGUGUCUUUGACAUCUUACAUAGUCAUCGUACAUAGCCCAUGCACCAACUUAUAGCGUUUUAAAUACUGUCGGAAGGGUGUUACUUUUUCAGAUUAUUCAGCUUUUAAAAGAUUAAUUAUUAAAUUUAAAGAACCAUUCACUGAUUCAUAUGAAUUAGAAAACCUUUCAAGCAGAGAUUCUGAUUGGCUGAUGAUGUAACAUAUUUUCUGCAACUUUUUAUGGACUCUUGAGAGGAUGAAAAUUGUUAUGGAAUUGUAAAAUAUGUCUGCCUUCACAUUGAAACGUAUUUACAGAUUUCCAUUUGGUAAUUCUAACUAAAUUUACUGAGGUUUGCUAAUAAAUAAUCUGCACUAUUUUAGGCUGAUUUAUAGAAUUAUUUAACGUGACAGUGCCUCUUUCAAAUAGACUCUAAAGGAUGUUUGUUUUGUGUGUACACUAUGUCUUAAUCCUUAAGGACACAUGCCAUGUGUGACAUGUCAUGAUUCCCUUUUAUUCCAGAAAUGUGGUCCUUAAGGGGUUAAAGGAUGUAAAUUUCAUUACAUGUAAACAAAUUGUGCCUUUAGCCAUACAUAUUUUAGUUACUCUGUUUUUAUUAUGAGCUGUGAAAGAUAGACUCCCCAAAAAUCUUGAAUCUGUUUUUUUUUUUUUUUUUGUGGUUAAUAAAUGCUGUCUUGCAACAACAAAAACAUUUCUAAAAGCCUACAGUUUAUGCCGUGAUUUGGAAAAGCUCACACUAGGCUGCAGAAAUUCUGUACAAAGUUCCUGCUUUUCCAUUUUUAAUUUCCAUUCCAUUCCAUAAAGGUCAGUUUUGGAACGAUCGCGUAAUGAAAGGUGUCCUCUGUUAGUACUUUGCUGUUAAAGACAAUAGUCUCUGUAUAUAUCAUCCCGAGACAGGAUUGCUGCUUGUUCCUGGCUUCUGUUUGGUUUUGAACUAGCAUAAGGUUGAAACAUCCUACUUGUAUACACCUUGGCUUUCACAGAUGUUAGGAUUGCAAUGUUCUCAGUCGAACGAGGCUAGUACGUCAUUUAUCAAGGUGCACUUGUGAUCCAAGAGUAGGCAGUCACCGGAGAGAGCCAAAUGUUCCCCUUAGUAAACAGAGGCCUCUGCCUGGCAGCCAGAGCUAGACUAUGGUUUAUUUUUAUUUCUUGGAAUUCAACAGACACAAAAUCUCUGCUAAAUGUUAAUGUUUCAAAAGACGCUCAGAUCAGCAUUCUACUGCGGCGGCCUGAAGGGGAGGGUGUGUGUGGGGAGAGAGAGAUGAGAGAGAAGGGAUUACAGGGAACUGAAAAUCCAGAUUGAUUUAUGGGGCUUUUUAUUCUUUUAGCACCUUUCACUCUUAUGCUCUAAAUUCAGUUUUAUUCCCUUGUUCUUUCCUCACCUUGCCUUUGGAGGAGAAAAGAAAAAAAAAGAAAAAGAAAAGCUAAGCUAAGCUGAUCAGAGCUUUUUUUUUUUUUCAUACUGAAUCAAAAAUGUGGCGUAAAAUUGAACAGACAGGUUGAACAACUGUCCAAUUAUUCUAUUCAUUCCACUUUUAUUCACAAAGUUGAAAAUUGGUGAAGGAAUCGGCCUCUGCUUUUGUGUUGCCACGGGAAACCUUUUAGUGGAUAUUUGCAGGAAUCUCACGCUGAACCGAAGCCUCCGAUACUUCUAUCCCUCUUCUAGUACUUGAUUACUCCCUUUUUAUGGUAACCUAAGUGAAAGCCAGAUUCUUGUUCCAGCUAUUGCAACGUGGUGUCAGCUAGAAAUAUUCUAGAUAAAAUUAUCUGCAAAAAAAAAAAAAAUGGUUGUUCACAGAAAUUGGCUGUGAAACACUUGGGAAUGUGAUGUAUACAUUUGCUCGCAAUUAGCCAGGUGUGAAAUACAGAAAACAUUCAACGCCUUCCAAUGUACCUUUUGGAUGAACUGCUCACUUUAAAAUUUAAUUGUCAUGUCUAAGAUAAUAUCACAACGCAACGGUGAGCUGAAUGUGGGUUGACCUAAAAAAAAAUCUCAAAUGCUGUAAAUCACAGUAAUCCCAAUAUGCAGUCAUGUUGGCCUUUGAGGGUUCAAAUGGUAUCAUGACAGGACUGCCCUAGUGCACAUGCAUGCGCAUGGAAUUAAGGAAGCCCUGAGUGCCAAUGUGCAUGGGGCUUACCCUGGCGAGAUAUUGGCAUAAUAUUUUUGAAGACCUGUGAGAGUAAUCGUCACUUAUUCUUCAAAUACUUCAGUACAGUUUACCAAGGUAUGGAAAAAGAACGUGUUUUUUUUUUUUUUUUUGCUAUCUCAAAGAUAACUGUUCCUCUUUAAAAGGAAAAGGCAAAAAACAGAGGAAAAAAAUAGGAAGAAAUUAUGGAAAGUGCCAAAAUAUAUUCUUCACGCACAUAAUAAAUCAAUCAUAAAUAUAAAAAUGAGUACCAUUCGACUGGAGAACAUCUAUCCUAAACCCCCCAUAGUCCUUUUGUAGCUACAAAUCCAAAUCCAGUCAGAUUUCUGAUGUGUAAAAACCUUCUCAAAGAGGCCUGUGGAGGGCAGCUGUUUUUUCCUUGAGUGCCCAUUAGGGGAAGUGUCACAUGAAAGGAUAGUCUUUGCUAACCACCUCCUGACAGACCUGAUCAGGAACAUUACAUUUCCUUGCGGGUCCUACAUUAAGCAAGGUAAUGAAGUGAAAAUGCCAAGCCUUUCUGCUAGUCAGUUGGAAAGCUAUUAUUUUAUCCAUCUAUGAAAAGAUCAACUGCAGGUAUUUUGAUGAAUUGAGAUGAGUUUUUUGGUCCUUCCACUGAAAAAAAAAGUAUUAACCUCAUCAGCCAUGCAUCAGUUCGGUGUAUGAAAUUUGUGACACCUCGUUUUCAGUUAUAGGUCAGUGAACCUUUUCGACAGUUUUUUAUGCAUAUAGUUUUUUUUCUUCUUCUUUCUAAUGGAAUUAUUUGUCUAAAUUGUCAAUUAUUUAGAUAUGAAGUUAUUCAAACAAUAUAUAGAUAUGGACUGGAUUUUAAUAUAUAGAGUGAAUCCAUGAGCCAACAAUUCUGCCUUUCCAAACGUUAAGUUUCAAAAUCUACAGAGCAGCAGCAUGAGCAUCCGGCCAAUCCCAAAGGACCGAUGUUCCACAGUUCAUAAUAUGUGUAGUUGUGGAAUGCUGGUGUGUUGUUUAAAUGUUGCAUGAACUGUCUAACCAUGACAAGAAUAUAAGCCGCAUUCCGAUUGGCUGCUUGCUGUUCUCAUUCUAUCAUAGGCAUACAAUAUAUAUAUAUAUAUAGAUAUAUCUUAUAUAUAUAUAUAUAUAUAUAUAUUUGUCUCCCUGUCCCUCUUAUGAUUUUUCUUCUUCUAAAUUCUUGCAGAAGUUAAGUGAAAGAAAAAACACGUCCCACAGCGCUGACAUAUCUGAACUUUCAAUUUUUCUGUGCGCCUUUUCAGAUAUUUUGCAAACAUAUUUAGUAAGGUGUCAGUAAUCAUUUAACCUUUCUGUGAUAAACCAUCCCUUCACCUGUCUAUGCUAUGCCCCGAUACAGUCACAUGGAUUACAUAUUUAGAUCUUCUGUUGAUCUCUUUGUUCAUAAGAAAACAUCCUUACCAUGUCAUCUCUGUAACUGAAGGGUUGGAUAGCCUUGACAGUCUCUUCUGAUGAAAUGUGUUCUGUUCCACUCUCUCCUCCCAUUUUGUUACUUCUUCCAAAAUGUUUCAGUGCAUCCCCCUAUUCCAUCCUUCUAAUUCCUUUUUUUGUGGCUACAAUAAUUUCUUAUUCUCCUUCAGAAUAUUCUGCUGUAAUUGACUUGCAAUGUAUAAUUCAUCAACCCUCGGUGAACCAUGAAGCUUUUGUGAUACAGAAAGAGACCUUGUGAGAAUUUACCAAAUAAAAGAUUUUUGUUUGCGUAGAAACUUGACAAGCUUGUAGAAAAAACUAAAACGCAGGAAUGCCUUCCAUAGUUCACUGCUUACUUAGUAAAUGCUAAUUCCAGCCCUUGAUGUUUUUAUUUUUUUAUAUUUCUUCAACUAUAUGGCUCUAAUGUAUCUAAUAGAGAUAUUCACCCUUUUGUAUUUAUUGACUCCAUUAUAUUUGGCAAUCGGGAGUUGGCGUAAGGCUGGUUGACUACUUUUGCUGUGAGUCAUUGUGAGUCUCCCCUUUCAUGGAAAUGAACCCCACAAAAAUUUAGGUACCAUGCAUCUGUAGAAAGAGGUAUAUUUAAAGGAUCACUAUAGUGUCAGGAAAACAAACUCGUUUUCCUGACACCAUAUAAUCCUUAGGUCCAUCCCUCCCACAGGGCCCCCCUCCCGCUGGGCUGAAGAGGUUAAAACCCCUUCAGCCACUUACCUUAAUCCAGUCCCGGGCUCCCUUGAUGCUGAUGACCUCUCCUCCCCCUCCAAAGGCAGCUCCCAAAGGGAGCCGAGUGCGCAUGUGCAUCCAGAGCCGCGUGAGCAUUAAAAACACCAAUAGGAAACCAUUUCUCAAUGCUUUUCUAUGGACGUUCUGCAUGCUCAGUGCGAUUUUUGCAUUGAGAGUCGAGGAAGCGCCUCUCGCUGCUGUCAGGGAGACAGCCACUAGAGGCUGGAUUAACCCUGCAAUGUAAACAUAGCAGUUUCUCUGAAGAUGCUAUGUUUACAGCUGCAGAGUUAAAACCUGGGGGACCUGGCAUCAAGACCACUUCAUUGAGCUGAAGUGGUCUGAGUGACUGUAGUGCUCCUCUAAGUAUGUUUGAAAUGUUGCCUUUCUAAUACAUCCGAUUUGGAAAAAAAUAAUUAAAUUAAAUUAAAUAAAUAAAUAUAUAUAUAUUUAUAUAUUUAUCUCCAUAUCAUUAGUGACUGUGUGUUUGAGCAACUCUCAUCAGUACAGUGUGUCUGCUUUAUCAACCAAAGGGAAAGAUGAUAAAACUAUGUUAUCAGUACAAGAGAGAAAUUUUGUUCCCUUUUUCUUGUCUUUAGAAACCUUGCAGGCUUCUUGAGCCACUGGAGAGUUAACUACAUUGAGAAUAAUGCUUUAGUUACUAAUCGUGCAUGUUCAAACAUACCAACUCUUUUUGUUAGAUAUCACAGGAAUUGUAUUAGGUCUGUAGGAUCUUUGACUGUAUCCCCCUUUCUAGCAUUGGAUCGCUGCUUAAAAUCAUGUCUGGCGACUUGCUGCACGCACUUCCGUUUUUACUGUUAAUUAAGUCCCACUUCUCUCUUUGCAAUGAUAUUAUAUAUAGAUAAGAUUUUCAGAGUAUCAAGUCAUCUUGAGUGUUGUUCGUGACUGUGUUACACGUGGCAAAGCGAUGCUAAAGAAUUUUGCAACUGCAACAUUUGACAGGAUUUAGAAUAGCUACUGUCUGUUUAAGAACGUAGGACAUCACAUUAGCAAAUAGCUUUGCAAUCUCUUCAAGCGGAUGCAAGAAAAAAAAACCCGAAAACAAUCCGAUAAGAUGGAAGCUUCAACCUAGACUGCUGACGCCAAACAUAUGGAUGUGUAAAAUACAAAGAAUUUAAAGUAUCGUUUUUCUUAUUUAAUGUAGUGUGCAACGCUAAAUUAUUUGGAACAGUUAGGAGCGGAUAUGUAGAAAAAUUGUCCAAGAGAAAUAAAUCUUUGUAAACCCUUCAAAUUAGGACAGGAAUGCCGAUGAUGUCAGAUCUGUCCAUAUGUUCUGAAACCCCGGUGUAACGGGGAGUGACAUAUUCCAUCCGGAUACUAUUGACUUGAAGGGUGCGAAUACGGCAUUGUGGCUCUUGCCUUAUUUAAAUGCUUAGUGAUGUUUUUGGACUAAGGUGGUGUACCAAUGUGACUUCACAAUUGUGUUUUUCAGUAGAACAGCAGCCCAGUAUCUUGCAUCCUAGCAUAGACGUAUUAACCACUAUUCUAUUCAUGUAUCAUAAUUUUAAAUUAUGCUAAUGAAACAGAUAUUUUAAUUAAAACCAACAAAUAGCUGUGUUGCCUUAAUUCACUAGAUUCCGAAGACCUACGUCCACCAAAAAUGGCAAAAUGUACAUGCAGAAAGGUUGUAACGCCGCCUGGUUUAAAGUGCCCCUGUUCUCUUAGUUUUCUAUUGCGACAGAAAGCAGUUUGAGUAUCCAUAUAUCCGCGCACAAGAGCCACACUUCCUUGAUGUUAAUAUUAAAACAUUCCCUUUUAAUUAACUUGGAUUCCUAGUAUAUAAACCUUCCAAGAGCUGCAACCACAACAUCCUGUGUUUCAUUCUGCCGUUUUCAUCUUGGGCAACAUUUCCUUUAAUCCUGAAUGGAAAAGUUUGCUGUCACAUAUUGAUCCUUUGUAAGGAAGGGCAAAGUGCCAGCGAUCCAUUAACUUGUAUACCCCACAACUUUGGCAAGUCAUGUCUCUGGAAUGUCUGAUGUGAAACAGCCUCUUAGGCUUAAAAGAAAGGACAUAUUUUGCUGUAAGAGAAAGCAUUCUAUUCUAUAUGUUUUUCUUUGUGUUUUGAGGGGGUGUAAUGUGUAUCAACCUGUUUUUCACAAAUAUUAUUACAUAUAUAAAUUUAUUAAAGAUGAUUUUUUUACUAUAUUUCUUUAAAUACACAUAUGAAUUUUUAGUUUAUGUUGGAUUCCAAGUUCAGUAAUUAAAUAAAUUGUCCCCUCUUUCUAUUUACCAAAUUCUACCAUGGUAGUUUUUUUUUUUAAACACGUGUGUGUGUGUUUGGGGGUGGGGAGAUCAACAUUGGCUCACCCAACUCGAGCUUCCUGAACCACGGCCCCUGCCGUUUUAGCUUGCAGUUUCUAUAAUUGGAUGUCAUAGAGUUAUGGGAAUUGGUCUUGCCAAAUUAUAACAUGCAUCCAGCUGGAAGUUGCUUAUUGACGCCCUCAGUAGCAUUAGUUAAUAAGACAUAACAAUCUCAAUGCAGACGUGUAUAGUUAAAUUUUUCAAAGUUGUCGGAGUUGCAUUAUACUUUAUAAACAUCUGAUUUGAUUAAAUUAGGCAUCAUCUAUCUCUGCUCUUUUUUAGUCUUAUUUGAAACAGAAUGGAACUUAAGUGGAAGAAGUUUGUUAACGUGCAUAUUUAUUGAAAGUUUCCCUUUUGGAUACAUUGCACAAUCCUAUAUGUCCUUAAGGUUCAGAAUGCCCAAGUACAAUGAUGUUGGCCUGAAAUAUUCACCAUGAGAUUUAAACAAUCUCGAACCAGUCUUGUCUUGUGUCUCUUUGUAGUUAAAUUAUACUAUCAUUCAUUUAUUAUGUCUGGUCAUCAGCUUGAACAAAGACUCAAGCAUUGGUGUCUUUCCCAUUCUAAAAGAAUGCUUUAUUGUCCUUUGUCUAGCCAUUUACCUUACAUUGAACUCUUGUCCAUUAAUAGGGCUCUGAUGACCUUAUGGGCUGGAACAUUAUGUCGUGGUCCUCGCACAUCCACUAGAAUGCUUCUGAAAGGCAGUGACCUAUCCUCACCUCUCCCUGUCUCCAUAGUGCUAUUGUUGUUCAUUCUAAGCCUUGAUUUUUCAUUCUGUUUUCUGUCUCCUUAGGGAGAUGAUUUGUUUUUCUCUCUCUACUCUUUCAACUUCCCCUUAGACAGAAAUGUCAUACACAUUCACUAGCAUGGUUUUAAUUUUAUUGGUGGCUGAGAUUUGUUAUAUGCAGCUAAUUAGAUUCAGACUAGUUGGAGUUAAAUCCUAUACAGUCUUCCUAAUGUGCUUGCAGUCCUCUCUGCAGUCGUUCUUUAUAAAAAAAUGUAUUUCAGCAUUGUUUUGCAUUUUUCUAAUCGCACUGUUGCUGCCUUGACUGGAACCACCCACAUAAUUAUGGAUUUCACAGAGUGUACUUCCCUAUGGCUUAAUUGGAAUACAAGAGGUUCCGACAUAUAUAGAAGGCGCAGUCAAUAGGAAUAUGACUUGGGUCCUUGACCGCCACAGUUCACCUCUCGCUCUUUGCCUCUCCACCUAAUGUUAUUUCGCACCCCUUGCUAAAUGUGAGUGGGCUCCAUUGUUACCAAGCAGGUGUGAGCGUUGGACAGCGUCCAGAAAUAACGUAGAGACAGAGAGAGAGGCAUGUUGUCGCCAAACCGUUCCACCACACAUGGAGACUGCCUAUUGAUGAAUCUCUGGCAAGGGUCCAGGCACCCAGCUCCCUCCCCAUCACCCCCGCAAGGCGCGAGCGUACAGGAAAAAAAAAAUGGCUAGACAGAAAAAUUGAUUGUUCGUGUAAUUUGAUUUGACAUAAGGCAAAGAGGAAAGAGAGGACAGGAGAAAAGCUGCAACCUCAGCACGGCAUUAGCAGAGCCCUUAUUUCUCAUCAGGAAAGCAUACUCACACAGUCUUUACCAAAAAAAAAAAAAAAAAAAGGGGGUCAGAGGAAUCUCCAGUAAUAUGAGAAUGAAUGGAACUUCUGUAGUCUAGGAGACACUGUGGCCGUAUUCAGAAAAUUCUCCCUUUACCAGCUCAAACAGAUUUUGUUGAGAUCACACAUUAUGUCAAGAUACUUAAUGCUGGUCAAUUUUAUAAUCAGCCCUUAUGUAGCACGUUCAGAUAAAUUGUAAAGGGUUGACAUACUGCAGGAUUCCAGUGAUUCAGACACGUAGAUGUCUCAAACAAACCCUACAAGACAGAGCGCUUUAGUUUCAUCAUUUGGGCCAUGCUUGAUGUUUGUAAGCAGAGAAUACAGCCUAGAUACAUGAUGCAUUUUUGAUGUCGAGAUUUGUGACGGAUGGUUUUCAUUGAUAGUAUUAAAAUGCUAUUAAUAGGUCACGGUGUGUGUUGAACAAGUGUCUCAAUUCCAGUUGACAAAACAUUUGUUUGUGUGUGACAUUUAAGCAGUCUUCUGCUUUUAUGUGAUUUGUAGUGCUUUAACUGGACUGUGACUUCUCAAGAAAAUAGCAGGAUGCUUUGCUGAAAAUAAUGGCGUACCUUGCCACAACGACUUAAACUACAUUUCCCAAAAAGAUUAGCCAGCCUUCUGACAUGGUAUCACAAGCAGUGUAAUUCACAAACCUAGGAAAUGCUGUGAUUAACAUAAUGAAUUUCUAGUUAAUUUUCAAUGGAACAUAUAGUGGCAUUUCUCCUUAAAUGCUGAGUUUAUAUUAUGUAUUGUGAGUUAUGCGUGUAUGGUGGUCUUGCACAUUUUUCUCAAUAGGGGCUCAGCAUAUUUUGCCUGCAAUGUUUUUUCUAAAGGGACGCUAUAGGCAACCAGAACACAUCAUCUCAUUGAAGUGGUCUGGGUGCACUAUCCCGUGUUAAGACUACAUUAGGGGAUUCCUGCGUUUACACAGAGUAUGACUAGGUUUGUAUGAGGACAUCCAGCAUCUUUAAAUAUUUCAUAGAAAAGCUUUGGGGAAGGCCUAAAGUGUGCGCGUCACUCACUGCACAUGCGCCUUAGGUACCCCCGUCGCUAACAUCGACAGAAGAAGAGUCCGACCCAACGACUUCCAACGAUGGACAUCAGUGCUGGAAAUAGCGAAGUGAUUAACUGGGGUGGGGGUGGGCUGCAGAAACAGAUGGACAAUAUACUGUAAGGAAUACAGCUUUGUAUUACUAACACUAUUGUGUUGUAUCUUAAUUAUCCUCUUGAUGAUCUUAUAAAAAAUUGUGGCUGCAACUUAAACAUUUUCCUUCAAAAUUAAGCCCUGCACUCAAACUCCCACUACUCCUGGGCAACGGCAAUGACUAUUUUUUGUUUGCUUUAAACUUUCCUUUUGGCUGCGUCUUAUGAAUGAAUAUUAUUUAUAUGAUUAUUACUGUUAUGUUAUUAUUAAUUGGUGUUUCAUCUAGACCGUACCCAGUUUUUUGCAGGGUUUCCAGUUGAUGAGAUUAUGAAGCCUGCUCGCCCAUUCACCGUAGGGUCUGCAGCCGAGUAUCUCUGACAUAAAGUUCAAGGUGAUAAUAUGUAAACAGCAGUUUCAUGUUUCCUUUGGAGUUUGCACUUGCAGAAAUUAGUAGCUGUUCUACUACAAGCCCUUUGGCGAUAAAUACAUUCCAUACGGAAUGUCCACAGAGGACAAGAGUCUGAAGCGGUGUUAAUACUCUAGUAUUUGGCUUCCAGUUGCUUCUAGUUGUGUUAGUCAAAGGGUGCGACGUAAAUCUAUAUUGAUAUGUGUGAAGAAAACAAGUCAAUAAGAGGUGCAGAAAGGGUUACAUCCCAAGCAUUUCUGGUGAGGCUAACUGCAGGGUUUGAUUUUUAAGUGGUGGGGAGAAAACAAUUACGUAGCUUUUCAAAAUGUUCCUUUUGUGUUUCUGCAUAAAAUGCAUGUCCCAUUGCUGCCCUUACAGUGAAAUCCAUGUCUAACUCCCACAUUACCCUUACACACUACACUAUAUCCUUUAUACUACCCUAAUACACCACACCACACUACACUACCCUAAUACACUAACUAAUACACUGCACUAUACCCUUUACACUAUCCUAAUAGACUACACUAUACCCUUUAAACUACCCUAAUACACUACACUACCCUAAUACACUACACAGUAUAUUUUACACUACACGAAUACACUACAAUAAACAACACAUUAUCCCCUACACUACCCCAAUACUAUGCAAUAUCCCCUACACUACCCUAACUCACUGCACCAAACUUCACGUUAGCCUUUGCAUUACCCUAAUACACUACACCAAUCUACCUUAAUACACUACACUAAACUGUAUGCCCUACACUACCCUAACACACUGCACUAAAUUACACAUUAGCCUUUACCCUACCCUAACACACUGCACUAAAUUACACAUUAGCCGUUACCCUACCCUAACACACUGCACUAAAUUACACAUUAGCCUUUACCCUACCCUAACACACUGCACUAAAUUACACAUUAGCCUUUACCCUACCCUAACACACUGCACUAAAUUACACAUUAGCCGUUACCCUACCCUAACACACUGCACUAAAUUACACAUUAGCCUUUACCCUACCCUAACACACUGCACUAAAUUACACAUUAGCCUUUACCCUACCCUAACACACUGCACUAAAUUACACAUUAGCCGUUACCCUACCCUAACACACUGCACUAAAUUACACAUUAGCCGUUACCCUAAACUAUCACUAAACGUUAUCCACCACACUAACACACUACAGUAGACAUGAUCCUCUACACUGCCUUAACACACUACACAAGACUACACAUUAUUCCAUACAUUACCUUAAAACGUUACACUAUCACUAAGCAUUAAACCCUACGUAACCCUAACAUGCUACAUGAUCACAAUACAUUAACCCUGCACAGCACAGCACAAACUUUAAUUCCUCACAAUACAUUAACCCUACACAAAAACCAAGUUUUCAUUCUUACAGUAAACAUUAACCCCACACAAACACUAAACAUUAACCUCUACAAUACCCCCAACAUUAAUCAUUAGCCCCUAUAUUAACUUACACUUAUACUUACCCUAGCCAUAAAUUACUCGGUGAAAGAUAUAUAAUGGUGAACUGUGUACUGUGAGAAAAUAAUGGAAUCUUAUGAUUGUGUUAUUUAGCAUAUUACCCAGAACGCUAUUAUGUAUCUUUUAUAUCUAUACAUACAUUUGCUAUUAUUUCAUUUUUAAAUACAGACACACAAGUACCAGCUGGUUUGAUUCUUUUCUUGUAAAUAGAGACUACGAGCAAAUGUAUUGUUGAUUAAAUGCUUGGUGACAGUACUGUUAUUUUAAACCUUAGACCUCAGUAGGAAAAAAAAAUGGAUGCUAUAUAUACUAACGGCAUCACCAUACUAAUUAUACUGUGACAGAACCAACCACGAACAAUUUAAAAAGGUUUGUUUUCUUGUUUGCUAGCAGAAGAGAAUAGGAAUUGUAGACAUUCCCAUCAUGGAAGCAGAUAGCUGCGCAUUUUGUUGCCUUGGGAAUAGAGUGCGGAUUCUUUAGUAAUUUUCCACUCAGAAGCUUUUAAGGAAGCUAGCUGGGAUAUCACAUGGAGCCUCCAGUUGUCCCUAAAAUAUAUUUAAUUUUUUUCCCCUAAACCCAGCUCUAGAGACAUAUGUCUGCAGCAAAAGAGCUUAGAAGAGCCCCCAGCUUAAUCGGCCCCCUUCCGCUGGCCUGGAAGCAGACAUUAAAUGUAAUUGGUCUUGAAAAGGGAGGCUUAAUGCGGCAAUCUGACCUGCAAGGACUGAACGAUCUGUCUGGGCCUUGAUCACUGCUUUGACCUGGGCAAAUCCUUUCAUCGCAGGGAAAUCUGCUUAACAAAUGUGCCUCCCCUUGAACCUGGAAAUGACAUUCCUGAGCGUUAAUUGCCACCAUAAAAACAGCACAGGACUUGCAAACAACUCAUCGAGGAAAUUGUCAUACAUUGUGAACUAGGUUAGAACUCAAAAGAAUGAAACAUUCUUACACAUUGCUGAGACGGUUAACCAUUCCAGUACCUGUCGGCCAUAUAUAGCUAACGUUCCCCUUUUUAUUUUAUGUAUUUUUAAAAAAAAUUUUUUACUAGGUACUGGUCAGAAGAAUUGGCCUGUGUGUGCCAUUAGGACCUGUAAUGUUGGUUACAUUGAAUUUAAUUACUGCCUAAGCAGGAAAGUCUGGGACUGUAUCAUAUGUGUAGGAAGUGAACGUAUGACUUAUACCAGAAAGCUUUGCACUGUGCAUUGUAAAAAAAACAUCUGCUUUCAGUGCAAUGGCUGAAAGAAAACAUAAUGUAACAAGUUGCUGACCUUUUGAGUCAUGGGUAAGGCAUCUUUCAUGUCAAACAAUACCGUUCAAUAACAGUUUAACAUACAAAUCCACGUUUUCUAAUAAAAAGAAGCGCUGUGACAUCAUGAUGUGAAAUUUCACAUGCGUUUGGGAACACAAACUUUUUUAUCAGGAGUGUACGAGCAAAGAUAGGUGAGAACCAAAGAAAAUGUGUCUGUAAGCAAGUGGAGUACGUGGGGCAUGUAUUCUUCAAGACUUAAAUGGUAAAUGGUUAAAGAACUCCACCUAAAAUUGACUAGUUAAGUCUUUUAGUCUUGCCCGGCGCCUCCAAGACUGCCAUUUAAAUCUCCCACGAGCCUCAGCAUGCUGUGUGUUUUUAAGAAUCCGCACACAGUGUGUCUAAGCCUAUACAGUGUGGAUCUAAAUGCUUUCACCAACCCUGUUAAGACACGUUCCAUCCCUCCAAGCGCAGAGUAAAAUCAAAUCCUUCCACACUGUGCUAGAUAACUGCAUAGAGACUAACAGGUAGGCUUUUUUCAGUCUCCCUCUGGGUAGAGCAACUUGCACAGCCAACACGUGACACUCCUAAAGGAAGAAGCAAAAAAGCUUCUUUGGAUGUCUAAGACCGUAAUUGGUUGGUCGGCUUUGUCUUCUUGCAAGGAGGUUUCUGAAAUCAUGACGAUUACUUAAGGUAAUUAAGCUCAGAGAUUUCCCUGCACCAUCGUCAAUAUGGCCCUAUGAGUGCAAUCCCCCUGCCACCCUUUCACAGAAUUGUGGGAAGGGCCUAUCAAAUCUGACAACAGUAUCAUGUCUUUACUGCCUAUUAACUGUAAAGCUCCUCCCCUUGCGCUACAUUGAAUGAGCUAAUUUCUAAACAGACAUGUUAAUGGUCUAUAAAAAAAAGAAACAGCCAACCAAACAAACAAAACAGCAUGAUUUAACGUGGUUCAUUAUGGUUCAAUUAGUUUUUGGUAGGUGGGGAGUAAAACUUUUGAAACAUGAUGUGUAUCUAGAGCGAUAAGAUCUAGAACCUGGCUUUCAGUAUCUGCCUAAGGUGCUUUUUUCAAUGUCUGAACAGGAUGCUGUCAUCUAAAUAUACUCUGAACAAAAAAGUGGUAUUAAUGCAAUCUGUUACCCAGAUGUUAUAUCAUUAGCAUCUUGUUAUUACCUUAACCCUUAGCCAGUAUUUUGAGAGACCACGUUCCAGGCAUAAAGAAAAAAAUCUGAUAAAACCUGCAUAUGCCUGCAUGGGUUAAUGUACAAAGCAUGUUGUUUAGUUUGUAAUUUGUUAAUGGUUUUCGGGAAAGCACGAGAUUCUAAUGCAGGUUAAACUGACUACUUUUGAUCCCAAAUCAAUACAUUUUAAUGUCCAUUAGCAUUGCAUCUAGGUUAAAAAAAAUAAAAAGCUUCUCAGCAGUUCAUGUUCGAGAAAGACAUUUCUCUCUACUACUGGAUGCAAUGAUUGUGUUACUGUACCAUUCUAAAUCCCCAAAGAUUUUUUUGAAUUGGCCCAGUUCCUGAACUCCGUGUUUUUAGCCAUUGGCUAUAGUGCUGCGGACAUAUGAAAGCCACAGCUUUAGAAUAAUGCAGGGUUAUUUUAGGAAUGAUGUCCUUCAAGCAAAAUAAUCCUCAUGACUAUGACUGGUAUAGGCCUGCUUUUGUAUCUUGCAAUUCAACUUCAUUAUCACUAUGAAGGGUAAAGUUUUGCUGCAAAAUUCCAUUCUAGACUCGAGAUCCAUCUCUGCAGUGCUGUGCUCUAUACACGGACGACCGGAUAUAUAUGUCAAAUGCACAAAUAACGGCUUUCAAUGGACCCAUGGGACUUCUGUCCAGUAACCUGCCUUUAAUAACUAUAGUCCUGAAUUCAUCUCUAGCAUCACCCACUGGUUCAAAAGGGUAGACUACGCUAUGCAACCUCUGAAAGAUUAAAUAAAAAGGUAACUCUUACCCUGCCAGAAGUCAUUAUGCAGAAUUGUUUUAUGCGACUUGUAUUCUCUAUAGAAUCAAUAUGACCUGCAAGGACACAGCAUGGUACAUUACACCCUAUCUGAGAGUUUUCCCAAUGGGUUUGCCAUUGUUGAUGCUAUGUUGGCAUGAUGCCAAGGAUCAGUGCUGUUUUCUCGUAUUAAAAAUGUUUGUAUAUAAUCAUUGCACACACUCCUAUAAAAAUACCUCAAUCAUCAUAUAUAAUAUAUCGGCCUGCUAAAAUCCUCACUUAAAAAAAAAAUAAAAAGUAAUAUCUAUUCUUCUCCAUCUCCUUCAAGAUGGAUGCUUAAAUGAAAGUGAAUUAAUAUAGCCUACUGCAUUGCGUUACAAUGUAAAUAUAAUUUUGGUGGAUAUGUGCUCAGUGAUUUUUUUGUGUGGUCUCCCUGGAGUUGACACUUUGCUCUUGAGUUUGUUAGUCCAGAUCAGUACAGCAAGGUCUACCGGUAGUUACAUUAUCUUAAAUAACACUAUCUAUAUUUUUGCAAUGUUUUUUGGGCUAUCAUAAUAUAUCCAGAUAAUUGGGACAACAUGCAGAGGGGACAGUACCUUGAGUGUCUUGCAAUUCUUGUUGUACAAGAAAUAGAAAGUGUGAAGGUAAUUAACAAGUACUGCAGUUUAUUAGAAGAAUUCUAUACAUUGGUAAACUCUGCUUCCGUUUCAUUAUGUGAUGAGAUACAUUCAGGCAAGUGAUUCAGGGUGCAAUUUACUCAGUCUGACAUUUAUAUCGGAGAUCGGCUGAUCUUCCAGCUUAACCCAAUCACUGCCAAUAACACAGCCAACGCACUCGUUAAACAGUUUGUAGGAGGCCUUUUUGACGGUGCUGGGAUUAGAGGCAGUGAUUCAACUGUAACUAGAGACUCAGAUUGUCUGCAUUUUACUGAGUUUACUCAGAGAUGGUUAUUUCCUUCCUUUAUCUAAAAAAAAGCUAUUGUAGAAUAAGCUGAGCUACAAUUUACUCCCCCACAUUUUUUUUUUUUGUUAAUCAUUUCUGUUGGAGGUUUUGGAAACAGCUGCGGACAGUCAGAUUUUUCUUUUGUUUUUAAUGUGGUGAUGAGCAGAGAGGGAGUCACAGCAAGGAGGGUUCACGAUUGAGUCCAGAUUCUGACAGUAUUCGAUUCCUUCUGUUUUGUGUGCCAAAAAAAGAAAAGAAAAGACUUUUACAUUUUGGUUUGUAUGGAAAUGUACUAGAAAUUACAUCUACAGCAACUUGUAUAGAUGUGUGCUUCUUUGUGUAAAUAUAUCUUCCAUACAUUCUAAUAGAAUGAUACAAACAUGUCCACUGUGAUGCGUCUUGACACUUUGUGAUCAGUCCUAUUCUGGCAGUAAAGCUGUUCUUUUAUUUUAAUUUCUGAUUAGUCGAAUUCUUAGUACAGUAUUGGCAAAUCUUGUCAAUUAAGAUGCUUAACCAGGUCAGGCCAACUCUUAAACGACCUGCUGUGCCAUUGGUAUCAAUACUAAAACCAUAGAAGCUAUUGGUUCGUAAUACAGGCAGGCCUCAUGUCAUUCAGGAAUUUUACAAAACAACAAAAUAGAGCUUGUUGGAGGAGGUUGGGGGGCUCAUCCAUUCAUCAGUGGCUUAGUCACUGUCUGUGAAUCACCUUGUUUCAGCUUUUUUUCUUCUCUUUUCCUCCUCCACUAAGUAGGUCUAUUGCAGCUCAUAUUGUUCUUUCAACCACUAUACUUAAUUGAACUUUCUUCUUUUUGUGUUAACCCACACAUUGUGUGAGCCUGGCAGUAACCUCGUGGCACUGAGAAGUUCCAGCCCUUUAUAAAUUAGUUACUUAAGGUAUGCUAAGCAGCAGAGGUACAUCAAGGUUGAUGUAUCAUUCCACCCUCAUUGUGUAAUGUGCAUUCCAUACCUCCCAACAUUACAAAGACAGAGGGACACUUUAAUGUUUAGGCGUGUUGUCAGGGACAGAGUUUUUCUGAGAAAAUGUAGGUGACUUACUAAUAACAAUUUAUGCAACUGAAAUGUAAUUUAGAACAAGAACAAUGUAUCUUAUUUACACAGACUGAUUUGUAAACACAUUUAUUGUAGUUUAAAUACACAUUACUGUGAGUAUUAUAUUUGUGGAGCUCUAAAUUCUAAAUGUAUAAAUUUAGACUCCCCAACAGUGUGAAACUCCUAAAAAAAGAGGGACAUUAGGACAGAAAAGGUGGGUAGAGUGAUUUUGGCCCAAAAUAAGGACUGCCCUUCUUAAGUAGGGACACUUGGGAGGUAUGCUUUUUUUUGCACAUUUAAUUUUAAUUUUCUCUAAUCCAGGAUGAGGAUAGAUACAAAAAGAGAUAUUGGUAGAGAAUCCUGGGUGUUGUAGUCCUGAAACAGCGGACAGAGGCCUGCUUUCAGUUACCACGCCAUACAGUUGUACUCAUAACUGGUUCCAGCUUGCUUCACCCCUAGAAUGUAAAAGUAUCAGAGGGAAGGAGAUGUCUCAGAACAGGAAGAGACAUUAGAAGGGCUAUUGUUUUAUCUCACUGUCUCAUCCACUCUUCAGACACAGAAUGGCUCUGAUUACACAUGCUGCCUCUCAAAGUUUAGUGGAGAAGUCUGUUUUGUCUAGUACAAUGGUAUCCAGACACGGCUUGCCUAGAAGCAGCUGCAAGCUAUGUUAUGUCCUCUUCUAAGAGUCAGACUCUUUGAUUGUAAGAAGUUGCUCUUUUUUUCUGUGAACUAUAUCACAAUCCGUUUAAACGUUUAACAAUAAACCCCUUCACGGCCAGAUCGGGGCUAGCAACACCUGGAUCACAGUUUUACAAUGGUGCCCAAACAGGAGAUAUUUUCUAUUGUGGUCUAAAAUUUCCAGUAAUUUCUAAUCAGUUUAAAUAUUACAGGAGAACCUACCCCACUAUUCUUGUUUUUUUGGUGUUUUGAAGAUCUUGCCAAGUGGUGACCCUUUUUGUGUUGUAUGUUAAAAACCAGUUGACGAAUAUUCUAACUGUGCGUCAAACACUAGAUUAUAUUCCACAGUUAUAGCCUAAUUGUCUGGCACUUGCCUAAUAGCUCAAACAUAUAUAUAUGUGACUGAGGUUUUUCUUUAAGCAAAUAAAUAAAACUAUCAGACCGGCGCCUGGCAUUGCGGUUUCGCUGUUGGUGAGAACCUCUCCGUUUUUUCACUGCUCACAAGAUACCUUACCGAAACAGGAAGGCCUCACCCUAAUGACUACUUAAAAAAAAAUACCUACGAUUUCUUUUGCAUAUACCAUCUGCAAGAGGGGGAAAAAAAAAAAGAUACAAAAAUGACUUGUGAACCGAAACUCAUUUGUUCUGCUACAUCCACUAAAAAAAGCUCUAGAAACUAAAAGCAGAUAGUGUGUCAGCUCUGACAAUUCGCCCACUGUGGGAGCAUUUCAAAGCUUGCAACAUUUCAUGGCAGUCAACCAGGGCUGUAAUCAGGCCUUUCGUACCCACAAAAAAACCUAAAAUUCAAGUCUAUGGUUUUUUGGGGCAGAGGUGGUCAGUUACUCAACUAAAACCAGCCAUAAAAUCUAAUCUCUUAAUGCUUCUUGGUACAACGUUGGAGAUAACUGUGGUCAGCAACUUAGAAUUGCCUGCUGGUGUGUGGUCACUGUGCAGUUUAUUGGUGUGUACUGUGUUCUAAAUUCAUUCUUUGCAUCUACAAUAUCACAAUCUAUACAACUUACAACAUGGAGGUCGGUUCAUAUUGGCUCUCGAUAACCGAUAAAGAAAUACUCUCUUUUUUUUCUACUUUUACUAAUACUAUGUAAAGUAUAAAACCAUGUGGUGGUUUUUCCACCAAGGAUGGAAAAAAAAAACCUAGAAGAUACACAACUUUUUUUAAGUAUACGUGGGUAUUACAUCAAGUCUUUCAAUGCCAGAAUAACCUUUAAGUUGCCUGUUAAUCACACAUAAAAUGUCUGAUAUGUCACAAGUUCACAUAUCUCACAUUAACCACGUAAAUACUGGGUGUAAGACACUGAAAGUUUUUCUUGUGUGUGUGUGUGUGUUUGUUUUUGUUGAAUUCAGUGUUGUUUGAACCAUGCUCCAGGCGACUUGUUGCUCCAACAGAUCGUAACAGAAGAAAAUGAUCCUAUUUGGUUAUUUUUCUUGUGCUAUCCAACACCCCGCUAAUGAAAAGGGAGCUGCAACGUGAUUUAUGGAAUUGGUUAGUUUUGUUGAUUAAUGUUGUAUUUUUCUUUACCCACAAGUUAGUGUUAUGGAAGUUUAAUAACAGGUCUCCUUGGAAAAAAUAAUCAGUGCCAGCAAGUAUAAGAAGCUUCCACUGCAAGGUCAUUGGUUCAAAUCUGGUUUUGCUUGAUUGUGUCUCCAACUUGUUAUUAUCUACAAAUCUGAUAUAUGGUAAUUGCAGUCUGGUGCUGUGUUGGGCUGGAGUACGAGAGACCAAAGCUUGUAAACUUAUGUGACCCAAAUAAGAAUUUUUUUUUUUUUUGUCUUUUGGUGAAAAGAGAAUUGCGUGUAUCGUCUUGAAUCUUAAAAGCUCCCAUUGACGUGUCCUAGCAUGUGCUACAUUGUAACAUGAAUUUUCAGGAAGGUGGAUUCUAAUUCACAGGCAUCAGACUGUAGCCAGUAUAUUUUAUCAUUUUAUUGUCUUGACAAUCAUGGUUGUGAAACAUUUUCCUUUUGGUCUCUGUCUGUUUCGCUUUACAGCGAUUUAUCUACUGUGAAUUGCUUCCCCUAAAUAAUGUUGGCCCCCAUCCUCUUCCUGACAUUUGUAUUUGUAGCUUAAAAAUUUCGAAUUAAUCUCAAAAACGUUUUGGAAGAAAUUGGUUUAUUCUUAAAAAUAGCUUGAAGUCCUUUUGCUAAUGGUUGAUUGGAGCAUCCUACAAUUCUCUCAGUUAACUCGUUUUAAUAGCACAUGGUUUAAAGAGAUUUUCUUUAAAAAAAAAAAAGGCAAGACGUUGUGCGUUAUUUGUGCAUUUAUAAAAUGAAACAUCUUGCGCAGUCUUCAGGGUUCUCGCUACACCUACAGAAUGGAAGUUGUGAUGUUAUAAUUUGCCGCACCUGUUUAUAAGUCGUCUUUUUUUUUUUUUUUUUUUUUUUAAUAAACCUCUGUGUGUUGGAGGGAAAUGUAGUCUUGCCAAGAGAAAUUUUCUUUGCUUUAAAGUGAUUUACAGUCCAAGCGUCAAGCCACUUGUGGAAAAGUCAAAGCAGGAUUUGGCAACCUACCCAGAAUCCAGUGCAGCUGUGGCAGAGUGAUGUCAUCCGCAUAACAACCAUUGCAAACAUAAACAGAGUCUGCACUGUUCGCCCUUAUUGUUCUUCGUUCAUGCCACUUACAGUUCACCUUCUACGUAAAGUCCUGGUUGACCACUCUUAUUUUGGUCAUUCCUAAAACUUGUGUUGCGUCUUGCUGGUAUAUUUCUGCGGUGAUGCCACCUGUGCCCUGCUAAUACAUUUAAAAAGAUUUAUUGCAAGUUUGUCAUGGAGUCGAGUUUGCUUUGCCGUAGCAAUAACACUCUUAGAUUACAGUAACACACAUCCUACUGUAUAAGCAAGCCGGGUUCCCAUCUCGAUUUAUCUUAUUGGCAUGUUUAUUUUGUCAGAGUCAAGUUAUUAUGUUUAAUCCCUUUUCAGUAAUAAUAUACCCUUGAUUAAAUGUAUGUGCUGUGCCAGUCAUAGUGCUGAAUAUUACUAAGGAAUAUGGUGUUGUUGGGGCUGUUUAUCAUAGAACAAUCACAUCUGACAACACAAAAUAUUCAUGCAUAAAUUUUUUAUUUUUUUAUAAAAUAUGCUAAACAGCAAUUUCUAAUCAUGUUUUCUUUCAAUUUAUUUUAUCUUUAGGUGUCUGCAGAACCGGCCUCUAAAAAGUUCAAGAUUGAUGACUCAAUCAUUCACUCCCCUAACUCCGUUGAGAAAGACAAGCCAUCCAAUUGGUUACGGAACUUGUCAAAUUCUAACAAGGUACGUUUUUGUUUAGGUAUUAAAAAACAAAAUCGCCACGGCAGUUCUGCUUCAGCAAACAGGGGAAGAUUUGGCAUGGGUAUAUUUUUGUUAGCUGUUAUGGAAACCAGACUGCCAUGUGCAUUGUACUCCGAUGUGCGUCUAGUUCUGGAAUAUGUCUGUCCAGCUUUGUUGAAAUGCAUUGGCACAGGCAAGGAUGAGGUAAGUGACUCUCCAAUGCCUUAGAGACACCGGAAGCUUCAGCGUCCCCGUCACACAAUCUCAACAAGGCCUGCUGCAGACUUCAUAUUUAUUAUUGGCAAGCAACAACUGCACUGGGGUUUACACCUAAUCCAGCUCAUUCUCUGCAGUGAAAGUUGCUAAGCAAUUGGGCCCAACAAGGCAACCUAAGAAGGGACUUGAGGGACUUAAAACACAGGCAGCUUACGUUAAUGUGCACUCAGAUAUUUGCCAAAAAAAAAAAAAAAGCACAGGCUGUAUUAAAUAUCUCCUGCCAGGUGUGCAACACAGGUGACAUUUCCAGAUGAAUACAUUCUUGAUGGUAAUUAAAAACUUUUAUUUUCUUUGCUACUUCUUCAGAAUGUGGUGACACGUAAGCAUCCAAGAAUUGUCUCCAAGAUUUGUCUGUAGAAUGUCCUGUUUUUUUUUUUUUUCUUUUCUCUUUUUACAUUAUGCUCAUUUUUCUGAUACCAGUAGAUUUUCUUCAUGGAUUAAUGGUGCCUGAAAUUGUGGCUAUAGUGUGUAUUUUGUAUGAAUUGCUUAAUUACUUUAUCACUUAAUCUUCAUGGGAUCUCCCAGUUGUAAUUUGUUUUUUAAUUAAUUUUUAAAUAUACGUUGUACUUGUUGACACUUUUUUUUUUUCUCUUUCUCUAGAAUUCUGGAUAUGCCCAUAAUCGCCAACGUCUUUCUGCUUUCCGGCCCUGGUCUCCAGCCAUUUCAGCAAGUGAGAAAGAGCUCUCGGCCCACCUGCCUGUCCUUAUCCGAGAUGGGUAAGAAAGUGCUUUAGUGGUAAUUGUAUACACAAUUGUAACAGAACCAGUGGUACCUCUCCAUCUGUUAAAUAAAGCCGUGCGUUUUCUAGCCAACAAGUAACCAGUACAGUUUCUCGGAGCACGCAAAGCUUGAUUAAUGUUCAAAGUGUGCAUAAAAUUAAUGUUCUAUAUACAUUGUCCAUUUAACAAACCUUGCAAAUGUUAUGUUUCUCAUUUUAGCUUCUACAAUUACAAAAGCUUUGAGAACCUGGUGGCUCCCAAUGUUGCCCUGGCCCCCCCUGCCCAACAGAAAGUGAUCACAAGCCCACCAUGUGCUCCAGCUGUGCCAAGAAGUGCACAGAUAUCCAGCAGCCCAGCUCAAUCCAGGAAACGGAGGCCGACAUCAGAAUUAACGCCAGUACCAGAGGCACCAGCCCCACCUGCCCCAGUCAGGGAAGAAGAGAAGGAGUCUGAAACUGAGAUCGAAGUGGAAAGCAGAGAAGACUGUAAGUGUGAGUGGAAAUUUUAUUACCUAUUUUUUCUGUCCUUUAUUGAAGAAAUUAUUGAAAACAUCUAUUAUUCAGGAAUGACAAUCUUGAGGCUACAAUUCAUAAGCACUGUUGACAUAUAGUUGCACUGGUGCUCCCUUAUAACAAGUCACACCACAAGGCUAGUGCAGGAGGCAAGCAGCAGAUUGUAAAGCAUGAAACUUGGAAAUUGGUUGGGCUUCUCUUCGGUUGGUCUUCUCUACGAAGUCUCUUCAAAAUUAUACAGUAAAAUUGUUCAAUAUAUUCUUUACCUUCUGCUUCUUACAUUUUUGUAAAGACUAAUUUCCCCUCUUUUAAUGCCACAGCUGAAAGUUCCCCUCAUGGAACGGUUUACACGCCGAUCCAUUUUACCGGUGACGUUUAUAUGUGAAGGCAUUUUUACCAUGCUCAGUCGGAGUCUUUGAAACAUAAUAAGUGCACUAUCCUGUUGCAUUAAGCUGCCAAACCAUCGGGGGCUUGUAUAAUUGUAACCACCAUAAAACUUCAGUCAAGCUUUAAAAAAACUCCCAUUAUCAAUAUGCAUGGGCACAUUUGAGAUGAUUUCUUUUUUUAAUGACCUGUGACACGUAAACGGGACUAACAGUUUAUCCGUAUAAAUAAAAAAAUAUAAUUGGAAAGAAAAUUUGGUAUGAAAUAAAUGUUGUUUUUGUAAAUUAUCAGUGAUAGCUUCUAUUUGAAACUCACAAACUCCUAUCCGCUAUCAGUGUAGCUGUAGCUCCGGCAUGUUCUCAAGGUCUAACUGUGAAAAUAUGGCUUGUAAAUAACAUUUAUUUCCUGUACUUUGGGUGGGUGAUGAAAUAAAAUCACGAUCGUAGAUUAAACAUAUUAUGUUGACGAGUCAAGUUCCAAUAGCUAAUCUUUGUUGUUUUUUUUGGUGCCCUGGGGUAUCGCCUUGCCUGAAUAUAUGACUCAUUGGGUCACACGUAGGUCAUCUUGAUCCGUAGUGAUUUGUCCUGUAACACAUGUCCUAACCAGUGAAGGCCACCAACCUUCUUAUUUACAGAUUCUUACUGGGAUGUGCCUACGUUUAUGUGCUUGUUUUUUGUUUUGAAUAUUUACGUUGUCACCAUUUACCAAUAUUGCAUUAAUAAAGAUGUACAUUUUUAAUGUGAUGUUCAUGUUUCAAGCCUGUAUACUUCACUAGUCCCUUCAGCAUAGAAGUGAUCAUACAAUGAUAAUCUGCAGAAAUAUGAGCUUUGAAUGUGAUCAGGGAGGGUAUUUCUUUGAGAAAUGAAGACUGCCAACCAUAUAAAGCUGCAAAAUAUUUAAAGCCAUAACCAUUAAUAUUUGCUUCACAGAGAGAUGAAUGCCGCAUCAAUUCCAAAAAGAUGCUAAGAUUGAUUUUGUAAACUAAAUUGUAGUUUAUAGUACCAGCUUUGACCCUUUAAUAUACUAUGUCUCUACCCCCACCUGCACCAUUAAAGAAACAGUUAAUUUGCCAAAGAGUGAAUCAUGGCAAUUCGACAAUCACUUCGCAAAAUUUAGGGCAAAGCAUGCUGGAAAUUGUUGAAAACUAGAUUCUAGAUCUUAUAUUUAUACUUUGCAUUUUUAUCUCCCCUUUAGUUACCUCCUCGCUGUCUUCGCUCUCAUCUCCCUCCUUCACAUCAUCCAGUUCAGCAAAGGAGUUGAGCUCCCCAGGAAUGCUAGCGCCACCUGUGGUGAACCCUUCCUAUGAUGUGGUACCUCACACUGACCCACACAGCAGCGGUUUGGAGGCGGAGUUAGAGCACUUAAGGCAAGCCCUGGACAGUGGCCUGGAUUCUAAGGAAGCCAAAGAAAAGUUUCUUCAUGAAGUAGUUAAGAUGAGAGUGAAACAAGAAGAAAAACUUAAUGCUGCUUUGCAGGCCAAGCGAAGCCUUCAGCAGGUACGCACUGCAUGCCUGGAUAAUCGUACUGUGUUUCGAGCUAAUGCCAGUAUUUUACCCAUGGUACCUUUAAUUGUUCACCCCAAGUCUAGAAGCAAUACAACGCCGGUGUGAUUACUCUUUCCGUAGAGUAUCUUCUGCAUUCUUUCCAGUUCUGAGAAGCUUGUAGCAGUAGGUUAAGUAAGGGCGUUUGCCGACCUUUCGUUUGGCAUCAUGUAUAGGCUGUUUUUUGUGAAUUAGAAACAUGACUCUGUGAUGUGUAUUUUUUAAUAUAAAUGUUAAGCAGCAGCAGAGGAUUCAAUUAACAGUAUGAUUUUAAAGGAAGUACAAAAAAAACAUUAAAAAGCAAAAACAGAAAAUUCCAUCUUGGAAUCUUGUAGGGUGUUUACAAAUACUAGAGUCUUGUGAUCCCAAGAUACAAAUAUUUUACAUAAAUGAUGAUACCAUAAUAGGAAACUGAGAUUUCUCCCCAGCUGUGAUAUGAUACCGUACCCCAGACGUGAGACUGUUGCUCCUUGCAGCGUACAAGAUGAAUCAUGACAGCUUCCUUCCCUACUUUGCUUGGUUUCUAAUUCUGGUUAAGAGAAAGUAUGUGCUAUAGCCGAGUGAACAAUGGGUUGGCUGGGAAGUGAGAUUAUAGGAAGGGAAAAGGACUUCCCAUGAUCUGGCCGCAGGGUGUUACUUAACAGAAAUAUGUUGUUAUGCAUGUUGGCAUCUGAUAGAGAGGAAGUCUCACUUCUGGUCUGUUUCUCUGUGUUUUAUUUUGUGUUGUUUUUGUUCCUCUUUUUAUUUUAUCCUGGGAAUCCUUUCGCAGUGAGAUCAAGUGGUAACCUCUGAACGUUUAUGAAGCCUUUUUCCUAGGAAUGGAUUUCUUAUGCGUAUAUGUUUGCUUUAAUGACCUUUAAGUGAUCUGUUCCAAAAUCCAUUUCUAGUGACCAUUUACGGAUUGUAUUCAGUGCUUGUGGUUAUGUUACAAUGUUACAGUGUACGUACGUUCAUUCACUGUAACAGGGAGGGUGGAGAAUAAUGCCAAUCUUUCAGUACUAGUUCUUUAUGCAUAAGCCAUUACUGUGCUGUGCAUUGUAAAUGCUUAACAGGAUGCUCUCAUGCCGAGAGGAAACCCCGGGUUUUUCAAAGUUUUUUAAUUUGCUGUUGAUUUCUGUUUUAUCCUAAAUGGUCAUGUCUGCAUUCUAGCAGUUCUUUUAAAUUGAACCCUCUGCUUUCCAUUACCUUCUUAGGAGCUGGAGUUCCUUCGUGUUGCCAAGAAAGAAAAGUUGAGAGAAGCGACUGAGGCCAAGCGCAAUUUAAGGAAAGAAAUUGAACGCCUGAGAGCGGAGAAUGAAAAGAAAAUGAAAGAGGCUAAUGAAUCGCGGUUACGUUUGAAGAGAGAAUUGGAGCAAGCCAGACAGAUUAGAGUAUGCGACAAAGGCUGCGAAGCAGGAAGGAUACGGGUCAAAUACUCAGCGCAGGUAACUUUUCUGACUUCCCCAUCACUAUGUAUUUGUUUGCUUGUGAAUGGUUUAAAUCAAAGAAUACCAUAGAGUAAAUCCUCAUAGAAUCCGUCAUAGAACUUUAACUACCAUGAUACCUUGGCUGCCUGUAGGCUGUCAAGGCAUCAUUGCAGUGGUAGUUUUACAACAGUUCGGAAUCUCUGUUGUAGCCAUCCCUUAUUACAGUGCAGCGCAGGAUCUGUGUAUAAAUCAAUCAUUCAGUAAGGAGUGUACACAGGCGUUGUUACAUUUGUUGCUAACCAGUUUCCAGCAGUACAUAAUGUUCUAAACGCAGCCCUCUCUAAGGGAAGGGAUGAAACAGUGUGCUUUUCUUUGAAAUACUCAGUCAAUAACGGGAAGGGGAGUGGGCUGAUUCUACUGAUGUGAGACACACCAAACCAGGAGACCAGAAGCAGGAAAUGAUGUGGACUUCCCCCCCAGCAUCAGGCUGAUAAGAGGCUUCCAGACUAAACAUUACCACAGUGAGAACUGCAAUGGGUGUUACCUGCCGUUCACUUCCACUGCAACAAUAUGCCAAAUUGCAGCUUAUCACUGUGUUUUCCUAGCAUGUAAUUGCCUUGAGAAUUCAGUCUUGCCUGUAUCCCUAACAACGCUGCUUCAAGGUACACUUGCGUUGUCCUACAGUCUCCAUUAAAAAAAAAAGUCACACUUGUUCACAUGCAAAUUUCUCUCUCACGUGCUUGCUCAGUGUGUCCCUUGGGCGCCUCAAUGUCUCUUUUGCCUUCAAGUGCUCGUAGCAAAGUUUUCACUAGAGACUUUCAGCUGUGAAUUAGAGUGCCCAGGUUUUAAAGUGUCUAUAUGUGACCUUAAGAUAGCCAUCCUUGCUUCAACUCUUGAUGCGUACCAAAAUUAGAUUAACAUUUCUGUCACAGUGACUGCCUUGUUCAGUACUAUAAUUAAAUUACAAAGCGCAAAGAAAAAAAAAUAUGCAAAUGUAAUUCUUGGCUUUCUUGGCUGCGUGAAAUAAUUGUCUGAGACGUACUUCAGCUUUUAGUUAGGGGAUGGCAUUUUUUUUGCUGCCAAGGUCGCAAUAGGGUAGCUAGUGCUUAUCUAAUGCUAAGAGAGCAGAGAAAAGUUGAAUUCAUGUAUUCUGAAACAAAGACCUUUGCAUUGUGACUUUUGUAAUAAAGGUUGUCACAGAUUUAUAUAAGGUUUUAAACCGGCUUAUCAUAUGUUGUUUACUUAAAAAAAAACAACCUAAAAAAAACCCACCUAUGAGCUGGUAGGCACCUGAUUUCUGUUUAUUUUUUCUAUUCUUUACAUUACUGUUACAUUAACCCCAUUAAAGGUCACUGAUCUGUCUGAGCCAUCUCUGUAAUAUUCCCUAAGUGGUUAAUUAACCUUCCACAUUUGUACAGAUGUCUGAUGGGUGGUUUUAGGUUAUUUUUGUGGCCUUUGGUCGCUAAGAUCAUUUCCAUCUUUCAACGUACUUCCAAAUGUAUCUCUGCAUACAACUGCAUAUCCUUUAUUACCUCGUAUGGUUUUGAUCCAUUUAUUUGUUGCCCAACUAUGGACGUAAUUGAAUAUUUCUGGAUACUCUUUUCAAAUAUUUUAAUGUUUUUUGGAUACUUUGAAAAAUAUUUAAAACUUUUGACAUGUUGAUAUCUUUUUAUUGCUAUGUAAUAUUUUUCUGAUACAUAGUAUUCCUUUUCUCGUCAAAUUUGCAGAUUGAAGAUCUUCAGUCUAAACUUCAGCUCGCGGAAAACGACAGAGAGCAAUUGCGGACAGACCUUGUACAUGAACGAGAAGCAAGGGAACAUUUGGAAAAAGUUGUGAAGGACCUCCAGGAGCAACUUUGGACCAAACCCAGCAACCUAUCCAGCAAUGAACACACACGGAAAGACAUUGAAAACUAAAAACAUAAGAAAACAAAAAAAUACCUUAUCUACUCAUAUACAGAAUUCUACGUAUAUGCACAGGACGAAGAGGAGGAGAAUGAGCGAUGUAUGCAUGAAGUGAUGCAUGUGUGAGUGUGUGGUGUGUGUGUCCUGGGCACGCACAAAUAAAUUUGAACUUUACUAGUUGGAGAGAAAAUGUUACUCUAUACAACAGAAGCACUGAGCUAUGCCUCUUUUGAACCCACACAGCACAACAUCUACUGUGCCUCAUACAGAGUGUUUAUAAUCAAGAGUCCCUUUGGCUCUCUAGUGAAAAUCUUUUUUUUUUUUCUACAAUUUAACUACACGAGAACUACAGCAUUCAACAAAGUCGAUCUUAAAGAAGCGGGCAUGAGCAGUACUUUUACACCAUUGUUUUUGCGUGCUUGGAACACUUUGAGAUUUACAUUUUCUUAUAAGCUAUUUAAUAUGAAAUACAAAAAAAAUAUAUAUUCAAAUGAUGAGGACAUUUUAAAAACUUGAUAUUGAAUACAGACAGACAAAAAAAAAAAAUGAAAACAAAAAAAAAAAUAAAACCUAUCACACAAGAAUUUCUUUUUUUUUUUUUUUUUGUAUAAUGGACCUGAAAAUCUUGAUGCACAAUUUUAACUGACUUGUUACAGGCUUUUGGAGUUUCUUAAAGAAACGCUUCUUACUCCUUCUCACCCCCAGUCUCAAUGCCAUUCAUGUCGACUGUGCAAUGUAUUUGUGUCAAGCCAUCAUUGUCAAGCCCUAUCAAACAUAGACUCUCCUGCAGCAAAUGGCUUCAGCAUCAGAUCUCUUCUUCUGGAAAUAUUGCUCC